CAACAACAACAGCAACAACAACAGCAACAACAACAACAACAACAACAACAGCAACAAGUAAUGCAAGAAGCCGUGCAGCAAGAGGUAGAGAUAUUAGAAGGAAACAGUUUCACUCUCCCUGAGUUCGCGUUUUGAAAAUUUGAUAUAAAAGGUCAUAUGAAGGAGAUUCAAACCAAACAUAUAACGAAGCGUCAAAUUGUGCAUGCGCAGGAGAUGGUACAGUUCAUAAAAUACUUCUAUUUUUUCUCCGGGGGGGGGGGUAUUUUUAGCAAUUCGUUGUUGGGAGUGCCGUCCUACUCUUCAAAUCCUGACCCUAGACCCUAUUUCAGACCAAUAUUUAUCCUUACCUCUUGAAAAGACUAGAGAAAUAAUGAUAAUGUAACUUUUCAAAUUGUCGUGUUUUUUUUUCGGUAGCACCAACAACAACAGUUACAACAACAAGGCGACGUAAAGUACACAGUUAUACCCUCCCUGAGUUUUCGCUUUAAAAAUUUGACAUCAAAGAACAAUUAAGAAGAGUGAAAUUGUACAAGAUUUAAACCCAGUCACAGCCUAGCUUAUGUGGUCGUGUAUAAUAUAACUUAUACUAUAUAAAUAGUAGUAACAAAAAGAUACUAAAAACAUUUACUCCCCUAACUUUGCACGAAAUUAUUUACAUGUUACUAGUUACAGAUUUCUAUCUACAGUUUUCUAUUUGCAAUGUUUCAAUAGCUACAUUUCUUUUUAUUUACAAUAAUUGUAUCUGAGUUCUCACUUUUUUAAGCCCCUCCUUGAAGGCGGCUAGGCUUUCCUUUGCCCUGAUCUCAUUGGGCAGGCCAUUCCAUAGAUUAACUGGGGUUGCCGGAGGCGACCCAAUUCAUAAAUGCNCUAUUUUUUCUCCGGGGGGGGGGGUAUUUCUAGCAAUUCGUUGUUGGGAGUGCCGUCCUACUCUUCAAAUCCUGACCCUAGACCCUAUUUCAGACCAAUAUUUAUCCUUACCUCUUGAAAAGACUAGAGAAAUAAUGAUAAUGUAACUUUUCAAAUUGUCGUGUUUUUUUUUCGGUAGCACCAACAACAACAGUUACAACAACAAGGCGACGUAAAGUACACAGUUAUACCCUCCCUGAGUUUUCGCUUUAAAAAUUUGACAUCAAAGAACAAUUAAGAAGAGUGAAAUUGUACAAGAUUUAAACCCAGUCACAGCCUAGCUUAUGUGGUCGUGUAUAAUAUAACUUAUACUAUAUAAAUAGUAGUAACAAAAAGAUACUAAAAACAUUUACUCCCCUAACUUUGCACGAAAUUAUUUACAUGUUACUAGUUACAGAUUUCUAUCUACAGUUUUCUAUUUGCAAUGUUUCAAUAGCUACAUUUCUUUUUAUUUACAAUAAUUGUAUCUGAGUUCUCACUUUUUUAAGCCCCUCCUUGAAGGCGGCUAGGCUUUCCUUUGCCCUGAUCUCAUUGGGCAGGCCAUUCCAUAGAUUAACUGGGGUUGCCGGAGGCGACCCAAUUCAUAAAUGCCUUCAUUUUUUCUCCCGGAAGAAGAAGAUUUCCAGAAAUUCGUUGUGGGGUGUGCCGUCCUACUCUUCAAAUCCUGACCCGAGACACUAUCUUAGACCGAUACCUAUUAGGCAAAUAAGGGUGUACCCCUCUAGGAUUGUUGGUUCACAAAAUGAUGGCUAUCAAUUUUUAACUGAAAAAUGCGGGGGGGAUUCCUAUGAGUUCUAGGUGGGGCUGUGUUGUCCAACUCUCCAAACACAGAUCCUUGAUUAAUUUUAAGACGCUCUUUCUAGUGGUAUCGCCGGAGUUUCCCUAACUUGUCCAUGUCAAAAGUUGAAAAAACCGUGCAAAGGUCUAAUGAGUAACUAGACUACCAUGCGACGAUCGAUAUCAUAUCGAUAUCCAUAUUGAUCUUUUUUUUGCAGAAGCAAGCACUGCAACAACAACAACAACAACAGCAACAACAAGUAAUGCAAGAAGACCUGCAGCAAGAGGUAGAGAUAUUAAAAGGAAACAGCUUCAGUCUCCCUGAGUUCGCGUUUUAAAAAGUGGAUAUAAAAUAUCAUAUAAAGCAGAUUCAAACUGAACAUAUAACGAAGCGUCAAAUUGUGCAGGAGGUGGCACAGUUCAUAAAAUACUUCUAUGUUUUCUCCCGGGGGGGGGGGGGGAAUAAAGCAGAUUCAAACUGAACAUAUAACGAAGCGUCAAAUUGUGCAGGAGGUGGCACAGUUCAUAAAAUACUUCUAUGUUUUCUCCCGGGGGGGGGGGGUGGUAUUUCUAGCAAUUCGUUUUUAGAAGUGCCGUGCUACUUGUCAAGUCCUGACCUAAGACCCUAUUUCAGACCAAUAUUUAUCCUUACCUCUUGAAAAGACUACAGAAGCAAUGAUAAUGUAACUUUUCAAAUUGUCUUCUUUUUUUUUUCGGUAGUACCAACAACAACAGCUACAACAACCAAGCGAGGUAAAGUACACAGUUAUACACUCCCUGAGUUUUCGCUUUAAAAAUUUGACGUCAAAGAACAAUUAGGAAGAGUCAAAUUGCACAAGAUUAAAACCCAGUUACAAAAUGUAAAUCGAAAUGAACGUCGAAAAAACAGAUCCUCUCAUGAAAUCUUUCUUUCUCUCUCCGUCAUAACCUUUGUCUUCUCACUUGAGUAACAAGACUUACAAGUGACUUACAAGUAACGUAGCCAGGUUCUCGGGAGGACAACUACAAUGGUUCCUUAAUUGUUAAAAUUUUACGUCUGCGGUUCACAGACUACAGGGGUUGGGGCUUUGGGCAAUGUGGACAAAACUAUUUAAGAGUCUUUAACAACAUUCAAAUGCGUAAAGAUUUCAAUUAUUACAUGUCAUCUUAUGUGUUUACCCCUUGUUUCUCGGGAGGACAAAAACAAUGGUUUCUUAAUUGUUAAAAUUCUUUUCUUUUUUUUUUUUCAGCCUCCAGACGUAUGAAUGAGGAAGGUAAGGAUACGUAAUUUAACAUUCCUUACGUAGAUUCGAGGAAAACAUUUGUAGAGUUAGAGUUAAAUAGUGCAAAUUGUAAACCCAGUAGUCAUGUUAUGGAAUGAGCAUCGAAUCGAAGACACUGUACCAUGAUGUUCUCUUUUGAGCUUCCUCUUCACCCCACAGACAACAACAACAACAACUAAACACGAUAUUUUACAGCCUAGCUUAUGUGGUCGUGUAUAAUAUAACUCACACUAUAUAAAUAGAAGUAACAAAAAGAUACUAAAAACAUUUACACGCCUAACUUUGCACGAAAUUAUUUACAUGUUACUGUUAAUGAUAUAUGAAAGAAAUCAUAUAUGAACUGCAAAAAUGAAAUGAAAAUGAAGAAAUGAUCGUCGCAGAGAACGCAAUUUAUGCAAUUGCGUAAAGAGCAUCGCACCGGUAUCGCGAGGUCACGGGUUCAAACCCCGUUGAAGUCCUGAAUUUUUUUUCAGGCUUCUGUACGCAAUUGCAUGAAUUGCGUUCACUGCGACGAUCAUUUCUUCAUUUUCAUUACAUGUUACUAUUUACAGAUUUAUAUCUACAGUUUUCUAUUUGCAUUGUUUCAAUAGCUACAUUUCUAUUUAUUCACAAUAAUUACGUCUGAGUUAUCACUUUUUUAAGCCCCUCGUGAAGGCGGCUACGCUUUGUUUUGCCCUGAUCUCAUUGGGCAGAACAUUCCAUAGAUUAACUGGCUUUGCCGGAGGCGACCCAAUUCAUAAAAUGUCUUCCAUUUUUUCUCCCGGGGGACGAGAGGAUUUCUAGAAAUUCGUUGUGGAGCGUGCCGUCCUACUCUUCAAAUUCUGACACCAGACACUGUCUCAGACCAAUACCUAUUAGGCAAAUAAGGGUGUACCCCUCCAGGAUUGUUAGUUGACAAAAUGAUGGCUAUCAAUUAUUAACUGAAAAAUGCGGGGGGGAUUCCUUAGGAGUUCGGGGUGAGGCUGUGUUGUCCAACUCUCCAAACCCAGACCCUUGACUAAUUUUAAGACCCUCUUUCUAGUGGUAUCGCCGGAGUUUCCCUAGUUUGUCCAUGUCAAAAGUUGAAAAAAUCGUGCAAGGGUCUAAUGAGUAACUAGACUACCAUGCGACGAUCGAUAUCAUAUCGAUAUCCAUAUUGAUCUUCUUUUUUUGCAGAAGCUAGCACCGCGAGAACAACAGCAACAACAACAACAGCAACAACAGCAACAAGUAAUGCAAGAAGCCGUGCAGCAAGAGGUAGAGAUAUUAAAAGGAAACAGUUUCACUCUCCCUGAGUUCGCGUUUUGAAAAUUUGAUAUAAAAGGUCAUAUAAAGGAGAUUCAAACCAAACAUAUAACGAAGCGUCAAAUUGUGCAUGCGCAGGAGACGGUACAGUUCAUAAAAUACUUCUAGUUUUUCUCCGGGGGGAGGGGGUAUUUCUAGCAAUUCGUUGUUGGGAGUGCCGUCGUACUCUUCAAAUCCUGACCCAAGACCCUAUUUCAAACCAAUAUUAACCCUUACCUCUUGGAAAGACUAGAGAAAUAAUUAUAAUGUAACUUUUUAAAUUAUUGUGUUCUUUUUUUUUCGGUAGCAACAACAGCAAAAGCUACGACAAAGGGGCGAGGUAAAGUACACAGUUAUACACUCCCUGAGUUUUCGCUUUAAAAUGUGACAUCAAAGGACAAUUAAGACGAGUCAAAUUACACAAGAUUUAAACCCAGUUACAAAAUAUAAAUCGAAAUGAACGUCGAAAAAACAGAUCCUCUCAUGAAAUCUUUCUUUCUCUCUCCGUCAUAACCUUUGUCUUCUCACUUGAGUAACUACACUUACAAGUAACUUUCAAGUAACGUAGCGAGGUUCUCCGGAGGACAACUACAAUGGUUCCUUAAUUGUUAAAUUUCUUUUUUUUUUUCAGCCUCUAGACGCAUGGAUGAGAAAGGUAAGGAUACGUAAUCUAACAUUCCUUACGUAGAUUCGACGAAAACAUUUUUAGAGUUAGAUUUAAAUUGUGCAAAUUGUAAACCCAGUAGUCAUGUUAUGAAAUGAGCAUCGAAUCGAAGACAUUGUACCAUGAUGUUCUCUUAUGAGCUUCCUCUUCACCCCACAGACAAAAAAAAUAACUAAACACGAUAUUUUACAGCCUAGCUAAUGUGGUCGUGUAUAAUAUAACUCAGAUUAAAUAAAUAGUAGUAACAAAAAGAUACUAAAAACAUUUACCCGCCUAACUUUGAACAAAAUUAUUUACAUGUUACUAUUUCCAGAUUUCUAUCUACAGUUUUCUAUUUCAAUGUUUCAAUAGCUACAUUUCUAUUUAUUUAUCAAUAAUUACAUCUGAGUUAUCACUUUUUUAAGUCCCUCCUUGAAGGCGGCUAGGCUUUGCUUUGCCCUGAUCUCAUGGGGCAGGCCAUUCCAUAGAUUAAUUUGUCUUGCCGGAGGCGGCCCAAUUCAUAAAAUGCCUUCCAUUUUUUUUCUCCCGGGGGAGGGAUUUCUAGAAAUGCGUUGUGGGGUGUGCCGUCCUACUCUUCAAAUCCUGACCCAAGACACUAUCUUAGACCAAUACCUAUUAGGAAAAUAAGGGUGUACCCCUCCAAGAUUGUUGGUUGAUAAAAUGAUGGCUAUCAAUUUUUAACUGAAAAAUGAGGGGGAUAUUCCUUAGAAGUUCGGGGUGGGGCUGUGUUGUCCAACUCUCCAAACCCAGAUCCUUGACUAAUUUUAAGACGCUCUUUCUAGUGGUAUCGCCGGAGUUUCCCUAGCUUGUCCAUGUUAAAAGUUGAAAAAACCGUGCAAAGGUCUAAUGAGUAACUAGACUACCAUGCGACGAUCGAUAUCAUAUCGAUAUCCAUAUCGAUCUUCUUUUUGCAGAAAAAAGCACCGCAACAACAACAGCAACAAGUAAUGCAAGAAGAUCUGCAACAAGAGGUAGAGAUAUAAAAAGAGAACAGUUUCACUCUACCUGAGUUUGCGUUUUGCAAAUUUGAUAUAGAAGGUCAUAUAAAGCAGAUUCAAACUGAACAUAUAACGAAGCGUCAAAUUGUGCAGGAGGUGGCCCUGUUCAUGAAAUACUUCAAUUUUUUUCUCCCGGGGCGGGGGGUGGUAUUUCUAGCAAUUCGUUUUUGGUGGUGCCGUGCUACUUGUCAAGUCCUGACCUAAGACCCUAUUUCAGACCAAUAUUUAUCCUUACCUCUGAAAAGACUAGAGAAAUAAUGAUAAUGUAACUUUUUGAAUUGUAGUGUUCUUUUUGUUUUCGGUAGCACCACCAACAACAGCUACAACAACGAGGCAAGGUAAAGUACACAGUUAUACACUCCCUGAGUUUUCGCUUUAAAAAUUUGACAUCAAAGAACAACUAAGAAGAGUCAAAUUACACAAGAUUUAAACCCAGUUACAAAAUAUAAAUCGAAAUGAACGUCGAAAGCACAGAUCCUCUCAUGAAAUCUUUCUUUCUCUCUCCGUCAUAACCUUUGUCUUCUCACUUGAGUAACUAGACUUACAAGUAACUUUCAAGUAACGUAGCGAGGUUCUCGGGAGGACAACUACAAUGGUUCCAUAAUUGUUAAAAUUCUUUUUUUUUUCAGCCUCUAGACGUAUGAAUGAGGAAGGUAAGGAUACGUAAUCUAACAUUCCUUACGUAGAUUUGAGGAAAGCAUUUUUAGAGUCUGAGUUGAAUUGUGCAAAUUGUAAACCCAGUAGUCAUGUUAUGGAAUGAGCAUCGAAUCGAAGACACUGUACCAUAAUGUUCUAUUUUGAGCUUUCUCUUCACCCCACAGACAACAACAACAACAACAACUAAACACGAUAUUUUACAGCCUAGCUUAUGUGGUCGUGUAUAAUAUAACUCAGAUUAAAUAAAUAGUAGUAACAAAAAGAUACUAAAAGAUUUACACGCCUAACUUUGCACGAAAUUUUUUACAUGUUACUAUUUCCUGAGUUCUAUCUACAGUUUUCUAGUUACAAUGUUUCAAUAGCUACAUUUCUAUUUAUUGACAAUAAUUACAUCUGAGUUAUCACUUUUUUAAGUCCCUCCUAUAAGGCAGCUAGGCUAUGCUUUGCCCUGAUCUCAUGGGGCAGGCCAUUCCAUAGAUUAACUUGGCUUGUCGAAGGCGGCCCAAUCCAUAAAAUGCCGUCAAUUUUUUCUCCCGGCCGGGGAGAGGAAUUCUAACGACCCCAGUCACUAUCUUAGACCAAUACCUAUUUAGCAAAUAAGGGUAUACCCCUCCAGGAUUGUUGGUUGACAAAAUGAUGGCUAUCAAUUUUGAACUGAAAAAUGCGGGGGGGAUUCCUUAGGAGUUCGGGUGGGGCUGUGUUGUCCAACUCUCCAAACCCAGACCCUUGAUUAAUUUUAAGACGCCCUUUCUAGUGGUAUUGCCGGAGUUUCCCUAACUUGUCCAUGUCGAAAGUUGAAAAAACCGUGCAAGGGUCUAAUGAGUAACUAGACUACCAUGCGACGAUCGAUAUCAUAUCGAUAUUUAUAUGGAUCUUCUUUUUGCAGAAGGAAACACAGCAACAACAACAGCAACAAAAACAACACCAACAACAGCAACAAGUAAUGCAAGAAGACCUGCAGCAAGAGGUAGAGAUAUUAAAAGGAAACAGUUUCACUCUACCUGAGUUCGCGUUUUCAAAAUUUGAUAUAAAAGGUCAUAUAAAGCAGAUUCAAACUGAACAUAUAACGAAGAGUCAAAUUGUGCAGGAGGUGACCCAUUUCAUAAAAUACUUCUAAUUUUUCCCCCGGGGGGGGUAUAUCUAGCAAUUGGUUGUUGGGGGUGCGGUCCUACUUUUCAAAUCCUGACCCAAGACCCUAUUUCAGACCAAUAUUUAUCCUUACCUCUUGAAAAGACUAGAGAAAUAAUGAUAAUGUAACUUUUUAAAUUGUUGUGUUCUUUUUAUCUUCGGUAGCAGCAACAACAACAAGGCGACGUAAAGCACACAGUUAUACACUCCCUGAGUUUUCGCGUUAAAAAUUUGACAUCAAAGAACAACUAAGAAGAGUUAAAUUGUACAAGAUUUAAACCCAGUCAGAAAAUAUAAAUCGAAAUGAACGUCGAAAGCACAGAUUCUCUUAUAAAAUCUUUCUUUCUCUCUCCGUCAUAAGCUUCGUCUUCUCACUUGAGUAACUAGACUUACAAGUAACUUACAAGUAACGAUAAUUACAUCUGAGUUAUCACUUUUUUAAGCCCCUCCUAGAAGGCGGCUAGGUUUUUCUUAGCCCUGAUCUCAUUGGGCAGGCCAUUCCAUAGAUUAACUGGGGUUGCUGGAGGCGGCCCAGUUCAUAAAAUGCCAUCAAUUUUUUCUCCCGGGGGGAAGGGGGGGGGGGGUUUGGCAAUUCGUUGUGGUGUGUGCCGUCCUACUCUUCAAAUCCUGACCCCAGAAACUAUCUUAGACCCAUACCUAUUAGGCAAAUAAGGGUGUACCCCUCCAGGAUUGUUGGUUCACAGAAUGAUGGCUAUCAAUUAUGAACUGACAAAUGCGGGGGGGAGGUAUUCCUUGGGAGUUCUGGGUGGGGCUGUGUUGUCCAACUCUCCAAACCCAGACCCUUGACUAAUUUUAAGACGUUCUUUCUAGUGGUAUUGCCGGAGUUUCCCUAACUUGUCUAUGUCAGAAGUUGCAAAAAACCGUGCAAAGGUCUAAUGAGUAACUAGACUACCAUGCGACGAUCGAUAUCAUAUCGAUAUUCAUAUCGAUCUUCUUUUUGCAGAAAAAGGCACCGCAAGAACAACAGCAACAACAACAACAACAACAAGUAAUGCAAGAAGCCGUGCAGCAAGAGGUAGAGAUAUUAAAAGGAAAAAGUUUCACACUCCCUGAGUUCGCGUUUUGAAAAUUUGAUAUAAAAGGUCAUAUAAAGCAGAUUCAAACCAAACAUAUAACGAAGCGUCAAAUUGUGCAUGCGCAGGAGAUGGUACAGUUCAUAAAAUACUUCUAUUUUUUCUCCAGGGGGGGGGGGGGGUAUUUCUAAACGAUAAAGUGGAAGGAAUAAGAAAGAGAAAAAUCUUCACUCCUCCCGUUGUCCAUUUUUUAAAACUUUAAUAAAAAAGGUAAAAAAAAGCAAUUAAAACAAAAAACAACAAGGAGCCUCAAAUUGGGCAGCGGGAGGGAAGGGUACACUUUAAAAAAUUUUUUUUUUUUUCUCCCGGGGGGGGGGGGGGGUAUUUCUAGCAAUUUGUUGUUUGGGGUGCCGUCGUACUUUUCAAAUCCUGACCUAAGACUUUAUUUCAGACCAAUAUUUAUCCUUACCUCUUGAAAAGACAAGAGAAAUAAUGAUAAUGUAACUUUUCAAAUUGUCUUUUUUUUUCGGUAGCACCAACAUCAACAGCUACAACAACAAGGAGAGGUAAAGUACACAAUUAUACAUUCCCUGAGUUUUCGCUUUUGGAAUUUGACAUCAAAGAACAGUGAAGAAGAGUGAAAUUGUACAAGAUUUAAACUCAGUCACAAAUUACAUAUUAAUCGAAAUGAACGUCGAAAGCACAGAUCCUCUUAUAAAAUCUUUCUUUCUCUCUCCGUCAUAGCUUCGUCUUCUCAAUUGAGGGUAACUAGACGUACUUAAUGGACAAUUAUUACUACUUAAAAUUACCUCUCGAAAACCUUGCGAAAUAAUAAUGAUACGUCUUUUAAGUUGUGGUGAUCCUAUUUUUUCAGUACCUUCAAGAGCCAGAACACCACCACCACCACCACCACCAACAACAACAGCAACAGUAAUGCCACAAGGAGGUAAAGUAUACAGUUACACAAAACAUUUGUUCGGCCCUUCAGGCCUCAGUUUGCUCUAAAAAUAAGGGGGGCGGGCCCUCUGGGCCCUUCCCCUGAAUCAGCCAGUGAAAAGGAUAAAAAGGCAGAGAAACCCCAGAAAAAUGGCAAAGAAUUCGAAAGUAUCGGGCUAAAAAACUGGUUAAGCAAAGAAAAGAAGAGUUCCAAAAACAGGGAGAAUAUUAAGCAAUAUCGGGAAGCCAGAAAUAUUUGCCGAAAAAGGAAGGUUUCCAGCCAAGAGGGUUGGAAUCUCCGCGGUUUCGAUUCAAUUGCAAAGUUGCCUCAUUUGUAUAACUGAACCAAAUAGCGGACGUCUAUAUCUCACAAUGCAACCAGAGUAUUUAAUUUACGACGUUUGAAGAUUAAGGUACAAUAAUUCAGUGAAUAAUUACUCCUUAAGGUGACUUUUGGUCCGACUAUAGUAGUUAUAUCUCCUUGUAAAGAAAAAUAGAAACUAUUAUUGUUGCUUUCACUAUACGACCAUGUCUAUUUUAGAAAAGAAAGCGUUAUCUAUAGCUUUCAACUCCAGUCCCUGGUGUCGUCUUUACCAGACUGUCUCUGUCUCAGUAAGCCUUUUCCCCUUCACCUGUUCAUCUGUGUUCACUUGAUAUUUUUAAUAUUGAAGAUCUGGUAUUUUUUCACAGAUAACGAAGAAGAAAUAAAACAAUUGAGGGAGGAGGUUGGGGAAUUAAGAAGGGAAUUGAAAGACCUGAGGGGUAAGUUGCAGACUGAUUUAGCACAACCAUAAUCCGGAUUAGGGAUAGCAGUUCCUCCCCCUCUCCUGUGCAAGCUAGCCCUGCAAAGAUCAAAAUUACACUGGUUUAUAUAAAAUUGGACUCGAUAACCAACCGUUGUUUUCGUUAAAUAAACCCACAGUUAAAAAGGUCUAAGACUGUAACUGGAAGAGCGUUGGAAGUGGAAUCUAUGCUUGCCUUGAACUGACAUGCGCAAGUUUCUGUACUGUUCAAAUAGCGUGCUAAAUCGUGCUAAAAGAGUUUACUUUGUCACUGAACAAUACAAAAAUUAUCCAGUUGAUUCCGGUUUACUGAUUCUUGCAAAAACUUUUAUUUGCAGAUUCCAUUAAGGAGAAAGAGAGGGAAGAGUUCGAAAAAAUGAAAAGAAAAAAAAGAAAAAUUGAUUGUGAAGUUGAAUAUUUAGAGAAAAAAUAUAAGAGAUCCUAAUUAACUUCCCCUUUAUGUUGCCCUGUUUUCAAUUAAGAUCAAUGUAUCAAUAAUUUUGAAAAUGAUACGAUUUGCCUUUGUUAACGGCCCUAUAGAAUAAAAAGUCGCCAAUUUUUUCUCAUGUUUUAUUUUUUCAAUUAGGAUCUCUUAAAUUUUUUCUCUGGUAACUUUCUUUCCAGAGUACUAAAACAGCAUUCAUAAGUAAAGAGCUAUGUAAAUAAGAUAAAUAAGAUAUAUAAAAAAGUCUAAAAAAAAUUAAAUCUCAAUAAUUUCUUAAAUAAAAUACAUAAAUAAAUAAUUAGGUAAUUUUAAUAAACUAGUGUCUAUAUCUAUAUGGUGUUACAAGUUAUAAUGGCCAGUGAAGGAGUCUAUAUAGCUGGGUGAUUUCUAAUAAAAUAUAGUGUGGUAAGAUAAUUAGUCUAUUUGAUAAGUAGGUAAGGUAAUUAGCCUGAUAGAUAAAUUAGUACGAUGCAUAUAACAAACAUAUAAAUUGAAUAUAUAUAUUAUGUAGAUUAGUCGUGAUUAAUAAUUAUCAGUAAGUCAUAAGGGGUUGUUCAACCCCUUAUCAGUUUCUGUAAUCAUAUAAUAAAACUAGUAUGCUGUCACUAUGAACACGUAUAGGUAGUUAAAGUACUUGGGAUGAAUUAAGUGCCGAGAAAAGUUCAACUUUUUUUCUUUUUUUCGUUUUCUAAUUGUGGACUGCAUAUUCAUGUAACAUUAGUGCGGAGCUUACGCAACAAGUACAGUAGACAGAAAGGAGAGGGUGGCAAACAUAGCAGUGCUAUAUCACUUGCAUGUUUUGUCAUGUUUAGUUCCUUUUUUCACUAUGCUCUGGUCCUUUACGAUCACAUCUGUUCAUAGAACGGUAAAGUUUAAAGUGUCAAGCUUAAUAACAAAGGUUUACCGUCUUAUUUCCUUUUCCGUCUUAUUACGUGGCACUAUACUUUUAACGAUAAGGAAAUCUUGUUAUUGACGAAAAAAGCAAUAGUCUUUUCUCAGUUAGCUGGUAUAGACAUCACGCUGAUAUAGUCCUCAGCGAAAUAUCCUUCAUCUUGUUAUGCGUAAGGUGUAUUGAUAUAUAUAUAUAUAUUAUAUAUAUCCAACAACGUUCCGAUAAAUUGAUUUAGAGCUAGGGGGUGAAGGGAGUUCAAUUAUUUAUUAAAGUCAAUUAAAUUAGGUUACUCUUGCCAUUCUUGAUCCGAAAACAUGUUCAGGCUGUUUGAGUAUUGUUUCCAGUUUCAAAAGUUGGCCAAUGAUCAUUACCAUACUAAAACAACUACAAAAGAGUAGAGUAAUUCAUUUUUACAGUGCCAAUCUAGGGAUUAAUUUUAUUAUCAUAGCUAUCUUAAUUACUUAAUACUUUUUAUAGUGAAUAAAAUCAUUCAUGAUUUAUCCCGCGUGGAGUUGGUCUUCUGUCAUAAUAAUAAAUAAUGACAAUCUGGUACGCCAGGUACGUUUAGGUACAUUAUAAUAAUCAUAUAUGAACAACCUACCAGGGUCUACCAACAUACCGCUGGACGCCUUGCUUGCAGACCCAAAAUUUGCAGUGAAAUUUUAAAAACAACAGCCAAAUGCGUGGGUUAAUACACCUGUUUCCUCCAGCUGUGGAGCAUUUGUGGACCGCAACACCACAACGGAUGGCCCUUUAUCACCCCCGCCAAGUCGCCAAGGGUGAGCGUGUUUAACGCAUUAUUAACAAUUAUUCCUCGAGCUCGAAUGGCCUGUGAGUCAAUAUUGACUCAGAGGCCAUGAGGGCGAGAGGAACAAUUGUUUUAGUAAAAUACAACUAGCUGGUCAAAAAUAUCAAGAAUAUAAAAAUUUUAGCUAGUCAAAAGCUAGACUUUAAGCCUUUUUUGCCGCCAAAAAGCCUGCGGUUUUCCCUAUUAGUGGGCUAUAACAUAUAGCCUAGUAGUAGCUCAACCAAUCAGAACGCAGCAUUGAUAAUAGCCCACUAGGUGGAUUUUACUAAUUUACUCUAUCGAUAAGCUUGUACCGAUGUACCGAACGCUGGUGAACAUACAGUUUCAGAAGUAAGGCCCUGCCAGUGAGGGUGGUUUCGAAAACGAAGACCAAAGCGCAAAACACCCAAAACUUGAAACCACUNUAUUAGUGGGCUAUAACAUAUAGCCUAGUAGUAGCUCAACCAAUCAGAACGCAGCAUUGAUAAUAGCCCACUAGGUGGAUUUUACUAAUUUACUCUAUCGAUAAGCUUGUACCGAUGUACCGAACGCUGGUGAACAUACAGUUUCAGAAGUAAGGCCCUGCCAGUGAGGGUGGUUUCGAAAACGAAGACCAAAGCGCAAAACACCCAAAACUUGAAACCACUGUAGGUUGAAGAACUACAACUUUAAAGUGUUGCAUUACACAAGCCGAACCAGGUGGAGGCAAUGGAUGCGUCCGCACUUCCAAAGGUCCACAAAUCCAUCCCAAGGUUUUAUUUCAAACCUGCAAACUGUUUAACUGAACGUUGAUAUAAUAAAUAUGCCAGCGAAAUUUCAGAAAAAUCUUUGGAGCAGAAGUCCGUAACUAAAAGUCGCUCAAAAAUCAGCUGUCAAAUUGUUUUGAAAUUGCAAAAUAAAUUACUAUCAAGUUGAAGGAGCAACCAGUUCAAAUUUUUGGGGCAAGUAAAUUCAAUGUUUGCUAAUUUUGAAAACAAAAACCGAUUGCCAAUCUUUGUGGUUCGUUGGCCACGCAUUCAUUUCUCCCUCACAGAGAAAUGGAUGCAUGAUGAACGAACCCCAAGGAUGUCUGCAAGGAGGCUACGCGUGCUAUUCUUUAAAUGGUACUUUUUAGUGUAGAAGCACUAUAAGUUGAUCCAAACCUUGCUCUGAUGUUCAAUGCUCUGUUCGGGCAUAUAUCUUAUGUUAUAUAACUGUUAUCAGAGGUCUGAUGUCUAAUAUCAGACGUCUCAUACCAGUUAUAUGACAGUAGAUGUCUGCUGUCAUUUAACUGUUAUCACACGUCUGAUAACAGUUAUUAAUGUCAAACGUCUACUAACAGUUAUAUUACAGUUAUAUUACAGUUGUUAUCAGACGUGUGAUGUCAGAGGUCUGCUCUCAUAUAACUGUUAUCACACGUCUGAUGUUAUAUAUUAUGUCAGACGUCUGAUGUUAUAUUACAGUUGUUAUCAGACGUCUGCUGUCGUAUAACUGUCAUCAGAUGUCUGAUGUUAUAUGUUACGUUAUAUAACUGUUAUCAGAUGUAGAGACAACUGUAAUAUAACUGUUAGUAGACCUCUGACAUCUAUAGCUGUUAUCAGACCUCUGAUGACAGUUAUAUAACAUAACAUAUAAAAACAGACAUCAGAUGUCUGAUAACAGUUAUAUAACAGAACAUAUAAAAUCAGACGUCUGAUAACAGUUAUAUAACAUCAGACGUCUGAUACCAGUUAUAUAACAGCAGACGUCUGACAUCAGACGUCUGAUGACGUCUCUAUAACAUAACAUAUAAAAAGUAUAUCUAACAUCAGACGUCUGAUAACAGUUAUAUAACAUAACAUAUAACAUCAGACAUCUGAUAACACUGUUAUAAAGAAUGGUAAUUGAACUGAGUGGAUUGCAAUUUGGUCUGAAAUCAUGCGCGUGAUUUCAAAAUCGAAUGAGCGCGCAGCGCGAGUUCGAUUUGACAUCACAAGUAUGAUUUCAGACCAAAAUUGCACGACACGAAGUUCAAUUACCACUUUAUUACAUCCAUUUUGAAAUCGCAGAAUUUAGUCAGUACUAAUAUUUUAUUGAUCGAGUAGCCGGUUUGUUAAAAGGCCGAAACAAAAAGGCUUUUACAUCUCAUUUUGUAUUCGAAACAGAAAUGAUGCGAUAUAGAACGAAAAUGGUGCGAUUUAAAAAAGAAAUGAUGGGAUUUAGAACAUGAAUGACGCGAUUUGGAAUAGAUGCGACUUAGAGCAAAAAAUGGUGUGAUUUAGGAAUAAAUCACACUGCUGAGAGCCAAUCAGAUUGCAUGGAUAGCCAGUGAUUUCAAAGUGAAUGUAAUAAAACAGUAUAUAACUGUUAUAACUGUUAUACUGUUAUAUGACAGUUAUAUCACAGUAUAUAACAAUAUAACUGUGUUAUAUAACAGUAUAUGUAACAGUUAUGUAACUGUUAUAUAACAGUUCUAUAUAACUGUUAUAUAACAAUAUAACUGUUAUAUAACAGUUACAUAUAACUGUUAUAUAACAUUUCUAUAUAACAGCUAUAUACUGCUGUUAUAUAACACUUCUAUAUAACUGUUAUAUAACAGUUAUAUAGAAGUGUUAUAUACUGCUGUUGUAUAACACUUCUAUAUAACUGUUUUAUAACAGUUCUAUAUAACUGUUAUAUAACAGUUCUAUAUAACUGUUAUAUAACAGUUCUAUACAACUGUUAUCUAACAGUUCUAUAUGUAUAUAUACAACUGUUAUAUAACAGCAGUAUAUAACUGUUAUAUAACAGUUAUAUAACACUUCUAUAAAACUGUUAUACAAAAGUUACAUAUAACAACAGUAUAUAACUGUUAUAUCACUGUUAUAUAGAACUGUUAUAUAACAGUUAUAUAGAGGUGUUAUAUAACAGCAGUAUAUAACUGUUGUAUAGAACUGUUAUAUAACAGUUAUAUAGAAAUGUUAUAUAUGUAACUGUUAUAUAACAGUUCUAUAUAAGUGUUAUAUAACAGUUACUUUUAACUGUUAUAUAACAGUUAUAUACUGCCGUUCUAUAACAGUUCUAUACAACUGUUAUAGAACACCAGUAUAUAACUGUUAUAUACCAUCAUAUAUAACUGUUAUAUAACAGUGAUAUGUGACUGUUAUAUAACUGUUAUAUAACAGUUUAUAUAAGUGUUAUAUAACAAUUGUAUACUGGUGUUCUAUAACAGUUGUAUAGAACUGUUAUAAAACAGUUAUAUAGAAGUUUUAUACAACAGCAGUAUAUAACAGUUAUAUACUGCUGUUAUAUAACAGUUGUAUAGAACUGUUAUAUACCAUUAUAUAUAACUGUUAUAUACCAGUUGUAUAACAGUGAUAUGUGACUGUUAUAUAACACCUCUAUAAAACUGUUAUAUAACAGUUUUAUAUAAGUGUUAUAUAACAGUUAUAUACUGGUGUUCUAUAACAGUUGUAUAGAACUGUUAUAAAACAGUUAUAUAGAAGUGUUAUACAACAGCAGUAUAUAACAGUUCUAUAUUAGUGUUAUAUAACAGUUACUUUUAACUGUUAUAUAACAGUUAUAUACUGCCGUUAUAUAACAGUUACAACUGUUAUAUAACACUUCUAUAUAACUGUUAUAUGCCAUCAUAAACAACUGUUAUAUAACAGUUGUAUAACAGUGAUAUGUGACUGUUAUAUAACAGUUAUAUAACACCUCUAUAAAACUGUAAUAUAACAGUUCUAUAUAAGUGUUAUAUAACAGUUAUAUACUGGUUUUCUAUAACAGUUGUAUAGAACUGUUAUAUAACAGUUAUUUAGAAAUGUUAUAUAUGUAACUGUUAUUUAACAGUUCUAUAGACAGUUACAGUUACUUUUAACUGUCACAUAUCACUGUUAUACAACUGUUAUAUAACAGUUGUAUAUGAUGGUAUAUAACAGUUAUAUAGAAGUGUUAUAUAACAGUUGUAUGUAACUGUUAUAUAACAGUUAUAUAGAAGUGUUAUAUAACAGCAGUAUAGAACUGUUAUAUAACAGUUAUAUAGAAGUGUUAUAUAACAGCAGUAUAUAACUGUUAUAUAACAGUUAUAUACCACUUCUAUAUAACUGUUAUAUAACAGUUCUAUACAAGUGUUAUAUGACAGUUGUAUAGAACUGUUAUAUAACAGUUGUAUAGAACUGUUAUAAAACAGUUAUAUAGAAGUGUUAUAAAACAGCAGUAUAUAACAGUUACAUAUAACUGUUAUAUAACCGUUAGAUAGAACUGUUAUAUAACAGUUAUAUAGAAGUGUUAUAUAACAGCAGUAUAUAACUGUUAUAUAACAGUUAUAUGUAACUGUUAUAUACUGCUGUUGUAUAACACUUCUAUAUAACUGUUAUAUAACAGUUGUAUAUAUACAUAUAGAACUGUUAGAUAACAGUUGUAUAUAACAGUUGUAUAGAACUGUUAUAUAACAGUUAUAUAGAAGUGUUAUACAACAGCAGUAUAUAACAGUUACAUAUAAUUGUUAUAUAACAGUUAUAUACUGCUGUUAUAUAACAGUUGUAUAGAACUGUUAUAUAGAAGUGUUAUAUAACAGCAGUAUAUAAGUGUUAUAUAGAAAUGUUAGAAGUGUUAUAUAACAGCAGUAUAUAACUGUUAUAUAGAAAUGUUAUAUAGAACUGUUAUAUUGUUAUAUAACAGUUAUAUAGAACUGUUAUAUAACAGUUACAUAACUGUUACAUAUACUGUUAUAUAACACAGUUAUAUUGUUAUAUACUGUGAUAUAACUGUCAUAUAACAGUAUAACAGUUAUAACAGUUAUAUACUGUUUUAUUACAUUCACUUUGAAAUCACUGGCUAUCCAUGCAAUCUGAUUGGCUCUCAGCAGUGUGAUUUAUUCCUAAAUCACACCAUUUUUUGCUCUAAGUCGCAUCUAUUCCAAAUCGCGUCAUUCAUGUUCUAAAUCCCAUCAUUUCUUUUUUAAAUCGCACCAUUUUCGUUCUAUAUCGCAUCAUUUCUGUUUCGAAUACAAAAUGAGAUGUAAAAGCCUUUUUGUUUCGGCCUUUUAACAAACCGGCUACUCGAUCAAUAAAAUAUUAGUACUGACUAAAUUCUGCGAUUUCAAAAUGGAUGUAAUAAAGUGGUAAUUGAACUUCGUGUCGUGCAAUUUUGGUCUGAAAUCAUACUUGUGAUGUCAAAUCGAACUCGCGCUGCGCGCUCAUUCGAUUUUGAAAUCACGCGCAUGAUUUCAGACCAAAUUGCAAUCCACUCAGUUCAAUUACCAUUCUUUAUAACAGUGUUAUCAGAUGUCUGAUGUUAUAUGUUAUGUUAUAUAACUGUUAUCAGACGUCUGAUGUUAGAUAUACUUUUUAUAUGUUAUGUUAUAGAGACGUCAUCAGACGUCUGAUGUCAGACGUCUGCUGUUAUAUAACUGGUAUCAGACGUCUGAUGUUAUAUAACUGUUAUCAGACGUCUGAUUUUAUAUGUUCUGUUAUAUAACUGUUAUCAGACAUCUGAUGUCUGUUUUUAUAUGUUAUGUUAUAUAACUGUCAUCAGAGGUCUGAUAACAGCUAUAGAUGUCAGAGGUCUACUAACAGUUAUAUUACAGUUGUCUCUACAUGUGAUAACAGUUAUAUAAUGUAACAUAUAACAUCAGACAUCUGAUGACAGUUAUAUGACAGCAGACGUCUGAUAACAACUGUAAUAUAACAUCAGACGUCUGACAUAAUAUAUAACAUCAGAUGUGUGAUAACAGUUAUAUGAGAGCAGACCUCUGACAUCACACGUCUGAUAACAACUGUAAUAUAACUGUAAUAUAACUGUUAGUAGACGUUUGACAUUAAUAACUGUUAUCAGACGUGUGAUAACAGUUAAAUGACAGCAGACAUCUGCUGUCAUAUAACUGGUAUGAGACGUCUGAUAACAGUUAUAUAACAUAAGAUAUAUGCCCGAACAGAGCAUUGAACAUCAGAGCAAGGUUUGGAUCAACUUAUAGUGCUUCUACACUAAAAAGUACCAUUUAAAGAAUAGCACGCGUAGCCUCCUCGCAGACAUCCUUGGGGUUCGUUCAUCAUGCAUCCAUUUCUCUGUGAGGGAGAAAUGAAUGCGUGGCCAACGAACCACAAAGAUUGGCAAUCGGUUUUUGUUUUCAAAAUUAGCAAACAUUGAAUUUACUUGCCCCAAAAAUUUGAACUGGUUGCUCCUUCAACUUGAUAGUAAUUUAUUUUGCAAUUUCAAAACAAUUUGACAGCUGAUUUUUGAGCGACUUUUAGUUACGGACUUCUGCUCCAAAGAUUUUUCUGAAAUUUCGCUGGCAUAUUUAUUAUAUCAACGUUCAGUUAAACAGUUUGCAGGUUUGAAAUAAAACCUUGGGAUGGAUUUGUGGACCUUUGGAAGUGCGGACGCAUCCAUUGCCUCCACCUGGUUCGGCUUGUGUAAUGCAACACUUUAAAGUUGUAGUUCUUCAACCUACAGUGGUUUCAAGUUUUGGGUGUUUUGCGCUUUGGUCUUCGUUUUCGAAACCACCCUCACUGGCAGGGCCUUACUUCUGAAACUGUAUGUUCACCAGCGUUCGGUACAUCGGUACAAGCUUAUCGAUAGAGUAAAUUAGUAAAAUCCACCUAGUGGGCUAUUAUCAAUGCUGCGUUCUGAUUGGUUGAGCUACUACUAGGCUAUAUGUUAUAGCCCACUAAUAGGGAAAACCGCAGGCUUUUUGGCGGCAAAAAAGGCUUAAAGUCUAGCUUUUGACUAGCUAAAAUUUUUAUAUUCUUGAUAUUUUUGACCAGCUAGUUGUAUUUUACUAAAACAAUUGUUCCUCUCGCCCUCAUGGCCUCUGAGUCAAUAUUGACUCACAGGCCAUUCGAGCUCGAGGAAUAAUUGUUAAUAAUGCGUUAAACACGCUCACCCUUGGCGACUUGGCGGGGGUGAUAAAGGGCCAUCCGUUGUGGUGUUGCGGUCCACAAAUGCUCCACAGCUGGAGGAAACAGGUGUAUUAACCCACGCAUUUGGCUGUUGUUUUUAAAAUUUCACUGCAAAUUUUGGGUCUGCAAGCAAGGCGUCCAGCGGUAUGUUGGUAGACCCUGGUAGGUUGUUCAUAUAUGAUUAUUAUAAUGUACCUAAACGUACCUGGCGUACCAGAUUGUCAUUAUUUAUUAUUAUGACAGAAGACCAACUCCACGCGGGAUAAAUCAUGAAUGAUUUUAUUCACUAUAAAAAGUAUUAAGUAAUUAAGAUAGCUAUGAUAAUAAAAUUAAUCCCUAGAUUGGCACUGUAAAAAUGANACUGUUAUAUAACAGUUGUAUAGAACUAUUAUAUAACUGUUAUGUAACAGUUCUAUAUAUCUGUUAUAUAACAGUUGUAUAGAAGUGUUAUAUAACAGUUAUAUAGAAGUGUUAUAUAACAGUGAUAUAUAACUGUAGCACACUAAAACUCUUUUUUGGUAUGAUCAAAUUAAACUCUAUCUUAAAAACCAGGCCAUACAGAUCGAGAGCGUCCUUUCCUAGAAUGUUUAUUCUGAAAUUAGAGCAGGAUAUGAAACCAGACCAACUGCACAAGCGAGAUUUGAAGAACAGUUUCCUGAUAUAUGCCUUGAUUGGCGUGAUAUUUAUAAAUUGCCUUUUAAUGUUCUCAUAGACACCAAAUUCAGAGAAUUCCAGUGUAGAAUUUUAAACAGGUACUUGACAACAAAUUCUUUUCUUGAUAAAACUGGUCUAGCAAAUUCACCAUUAUGCACAUUUUGUUAACAAGAGAGUGAAUCCCUUGAGCAUUUGUUAAUUAUAUGUUCCUGUACUAACAGCUUCUGGUCGGACUUUAUUACUUGGAGUAAUCAAUUAAACAUAUCCUUCAGAGACCUUUCAGACAGCGAUAAACUUUUUGGAUUUUGGCAAAGGACAGGAGACCACUUGUUUAUUAAUCACAUGUUAGUCUUAGCUAAGCAACAUAUUUAUGAAUGUUGUAACAAAUGUACCUAUCCUUCCUUUACAAUUUUAUUAAAUAAAGUCAGUUAUGUUCAUCAGUUAGAAAAGAAACUUAUGAAUUCAAAUAACAAAGUUGCCAAUCAGGAAAGUAAAUGGGAAAAGUUUCAGUUAUUCUGCCGUGGUAGUGAGAAUUAGAAUGCAAAAAAAACUUAUAUCCUAUUUUAUAGUAGUAAUUGUACCUAAACAGUCUUUGUGUCAGCCAUUAUUUAUGUAUAGUAGGAAGUGUCUUUUGUGUACUUGUAGUAGUAUUUUAUUGGUAUAGAUGUAGUAGUGCUUGUGCAAAAGAAUAAAGGAAAAAAAUUAAAUGAUAAAAAAAUAUAACUGUUAUAUAACAGUUAUAUAUAACUGUUAUAUAACAGUUAUAUUGUUAUAUAUUGUUAUAUAACUGUCAUACAACAGUAUAACAGUUAUAUACUGUUAUAUAACUGUUAUCAGAUGUAUGUAAACAGUUAUAUGAUGUCAGACGUCUGGUAACAGUUAUAAAAAUCAGACGUCUGAUAACAGUUAUAUGACAUUAGACGUCUGAUGUCAGGCAUCUGCUGUCAUGUAACUGUUAUCGGACGUCUGAUUUUAUAUGUUAUGUUGUAUAACUGUUAUCAGGCGUCUGAUGUUUUAUCUUAUCUUAUAUAACUGUUAUCAGACGUCUCAUGUCUAAUAUCAGACGUCUUAUAACAGUUAUAUGACAGUAGAUGUCUUCUGAUGACAGCAGUCAUAUAGCUGUUAUCAGCCGUCUGAUUUUAUAUGUUAUGUCAUAUAACUGUUUUCAGACGUCUGAUUUUAUGUUAUGUUAUAUAACUGUUAUCAGACGUCUGAUGUUAUAUGUUAUGUUAUAUAACUGUUACCAGACGUCUUAUGUUAUAUGUUAUGUUAUAUAACUGUUAUCAGAUGUCUAAUGUCUAAUAUCAGACGUCUGAUAACAGUAAUAUGUCAGCAGACGUCUGAUAUUAGACAAAAACUUCAGACGUCUGAUAACAGUUGUAGGACAGGACACGUAUGAUAACAGUUAUAUGAUGUCAGAAGUCUGCUAACAGUUAUAUGACAUCAGACGUCUGAUGUUAGACGUCUGCUGUCAUAUAACUGUUAUCAGACGUCUCAUGUUACAUGUUAUGUUAUUUAACUGGUAUCAGACGUCUGAUGUCUAAUAUGAGACGUCUGAUAACAGUUAGAUGACAGCAGAUGUCUGCCUUGAUAUAACUGUUAUCACACGUCUGAUGUCUGAUGUCUGAUGUCUUUGUAUGUUAAACCGGCUCUUAGAGCGUUUUCACUCACGUGGCCAGCAUCAAUUCUAAUUUACUGGAACAAAAGAAAGCGUUUACGUAAGAAAAGAGUUCAACUCUUACAGGACUUGUUUGGGACACCAACAUGGCCACCGUGACGUCAUGUGAAAACACUCUACAUGUAUAUAAGUACGAGUAACACUUAUUAUGCUAUACCGGUGCGUGUUUUUUUUCUUUUCUUCCCGGUUUAUUCUGAAAUUUUAACCGCCUCUUCGAUAUGGCCCCGCCAACUAUACCGAGUAGUAACCAAGGAGACGUCAUAAACUGCAGCGAAGAGUUAAAGGAUAUUACAUGGCCGCUCGGAGAUACGAAAUUUCUCUUCGAGUGUUGAAAAAUAUUUCACGAGUGAGGGCAGCGAUAUUUCACGAUUGAGCGCAGCUCACUCGUGAAAUAUUUUUCAACACUCGAAGAGAAAUUUCGUAUCUCCGCGCGGCCAUCUAUCUCUACCUUUUUGCUACAGUUAAUAAUGCACCUCAAUUGUUUGUCCCCCAGACCUCUAAAAAUACUUUUUUUCAAGUUCCACUGGGUAUUUCAAUCUCCCCAAGAGAAAUUGAGCGAAAUUCCGGCCGCCGGGUGAACAAGACCUCUACCAACUCGUGACUUGUAAAGUGUAAAUAUAGCUAGGAAAACUCUUGAAACCGGGUUUAUUCAAUGACCACUCCGAGGUGUACAAAUUAAAUUGUGCUCAUCAGGUGCGCUCCUCACUUAAUUCACCCUAUAUUCCCUCAGUAUUUUGCCAUGGGAGUGUUGAGGGUUGGGGGGAGGGUUGGGGAGAGGGGGAGGCGAUACAUGUCCAGCAGCUAAUUUAAACAAGACAGUGGCGGAUUCAAGGGUGGAGCCCGGGACCCCCCUAAUUCUUAGACCAAACUGAGGCCCAAAACCCUGAAGGGACCAAAAAAAAAUUUUUGGAGACCGCAACAACCACCUCCGUCCCCCUUAUCUCACGGUCUGGAAUGAAAACAAGCAGAAUGUCACCAAACAAAACAUUCAUGUUUCUAACAAACCCCCUAGCGGAAAUGUUAAAAUACAAAAAGUAAUAGCAAAACUUGAAUUUAGACUACGAGUAGUCCCCCAUUUUUCCUCAGGGAUAGUAGAGCGAGCGAAACGCAAGUGCGCGUGAAAAUCACCCCACGCGAGGAAAGGCGACACGCGGCGUGUCGCCUUUUCUCGCGUGGGGUGAUUUUCUGGCGCGCUUGCGUUUCGCUUGCUCUACUAUCCCUGGGGAAAAAUGGGGGACUACUUGUAGUCUAAGUUGAAUUCGAAUGCUUUGAAAAAAGAAAGAGGAAGGCGGCAAGAAGUAAAUACUCUAGGACUUAGUUAAUUAAUAACUUAUUAGGCCAUAUUGGCGUCCCAAAACCAUGAAACAGCGGCCAUGUUGGUGUUCCAAACCAAUUGUUUGGGAGUUGAACUCUUUUCUUAUGCAAACGCUUUCUUUUGUUCCAACAAAUUUGCAUAGAUGCUGACCACGUGAGUGAAAAUACUCCAAAUAAAAAAAAAACAUGUAAAUGUAUGAUCGGGAACCCCCCCUAUCUCAAUGUCUGGAUCCGGCACUGCAAGAAAAUAUUUUUGUAUAAGAAAAAGGCUCAACUCUCCAGAACUGGUUUGGGAAACGUACACGGCGGACGUAACGUCAUAAUAACACACUCAAGAAGCUGUCACAUUCACCCACUGGUGCACUGGAAUUUUUGUUGUUGUUACCAAGCUCAAAAACAAAAUUCCAACAGGCAUAUGCUACAGCCAUAUGCGUAUGCUGGAAUGAAUCCACCCCUAGAAAAGUAUUAAAGGAUUCUGAUCAAUGAAGGCAAGGUCACAUUCUACUUUCCAAUAUUGCAGGCUCCUGUUUCAGCAAGGUGUAUUUCAAGGACUUUACUUGCUUAGUUUGAGGUGGGUACAAUUUUGAUAAAUACUGUAGCUGGCUAUAUGGAACAAUUUCUAAUAUAAACACCAAAGCAUGGUUAUCUAUUUAAAUUUUGUCUCAUAAGAAACGUUGGGUUGUUUUCAAAUUACGUUACAAGGUGAAGAGACAAAGGCUAAGGUGGAACGACAAGAUGUUUUAUUUAGACAGGCUUAUUAAGUAUACAAUCUUCUAGCCCAAAAACACUAAUGAACAAACGCAGAACAAAUCCAAAACAAGGAAAUUUACUUUUUUCUUCCUCAAUUUUGUACUGAAAAGUUACAGUUACAGGUGGAGAGUGCACUCCAGUAUUGAAAUGCUACAAAAAUUUGCCCUCCUCAGAAGCGCCACAAUCCCCCCUCAGGUCUCCGCGAUUUUCCUGCAACGAAAAAAUUAGCCUGCGUAGCUGGCGGUAUUGUGUGCGAGAUUAAAGUUUUGGCGGCGGAGCUGUGUUCCAAAAAAAGGGAGUAGGCACGCGGCGGUUGAAAAAAAGAUUUACUCGGUCAAAGUUUAGAAUGAUGCAUGCACUGUGUAGUGCUAGUAACCUUCGCGCGAGAGCCAAGAAAAUUAAAAAACCUCUGUUCAAGCAAACUCAGAAGGUCAUGUUUCACAUUAUCACGAGCUUAGGAGUCGUGUUUAGCCUGUCAACGCUUAUUUCUAAACUGCCUCGCGCGAAAAUAAUCAGAAGUUUCAAAUUGCAGGUUUCUCUUUGAUUGGCUGAUUUAAUUGGGAUCAGCUAUUUUAAAAGGUGACAAAAGUGCGCGGCAUUCGAAAACUCAUGGUUCUCAGGCAGUAGGCUUUUGUACAUUAUGCUUUUGCUUCCCCACUAAAAUGCUCUACCUUAAUGCUCUAUUUUUCCCACUAAAAUGCUCGGUCUCCCCAAAAAAGUCACUAAAAUGCUCGGAUAAUGCUCAUUAUACAAACGGCUUUUUAAAUUAAUUUCAAAGUUUACACUUACAAAAACGUGCAAGUGUUGCAAGUAACAACGACAACGUGUACAAGUUCAUAAAUACAGCCAAAAAAAACCAGCUGUAUUAGGUUUUUUGUGAAUUUUGAGUUUUAGUCUUCAUUUUGUUUAAAAACGCAGGAGCUCAUGGGGCAUGGGCUCCUGAAAAAGUUAAUUUCUAUUUUAUUUUCUCGGAAAAAAUUAAUUUUCCGGGGAAAAUGCCACUAAAAUGCUCGAAUAAUGCUCAAUGCUUUUGCCUCACUAAAAUGCUCCAAAAAAUGCUAGCAUAAUGUACAAAAGCCUAUCAGGCAGGCGGUAUUUCUCGCGGCUUCGCCGCUCGUAGCGCGACGUUUGAAACCAAGUAGUGCUACUGCCGUGCCGAACUCAAUUCAUAAAUUAUAAAUACAUUAGAAUACAUAUAAAAGUUUGCUAAACCGUUUCUUUAUUUUUGUGUUUUGUUUUCGGCAACAGCCGUUCUAUUCGACUGAAUUAAAUUCGACCUCUGAAACCAAGUCGUGCUAGUGUAGUGCUUCAGUCGAGCCAGUUUAGCACGGCAGAAGCACGACGUUUGAAACAGGCCUGACUCUCCUUCUGGUGUGGAGGAGAGCUAAAUUUGCUUCUUUGAAGGCCAGUAGAAGCAAUUUUAUUUUUGACUUUUUCUAGAGACAAAUAAAUUUUUUGUCCUUUUUGAGUAGAAGCGGGCAAGCGUGUAAGUGUUAAUUGCAUAAAUAGAAGCGUGUGCCUACGAAUACAAUAGCACGUACGACAUCAACAUGUUAAAGGUUGUUUUUUACACCACUUGCCAAAAAGUACCGAGAUUUCAAACAAUAUAUUAAUUAUCGUUUUAGGGAAAACGCUCGUCAUUUAACUUUUGGAAAAUCGUGAAUUAAAAAUCUGGAAAUAGUCUUCAGGAAUCAUGAAAAUAGAAAGGAGAACCAGGAUUCAGACGUUCUUUAAAGUUCGUGAGGUUUAAGUGUGUAAUAAUAAAGUUUAUUAUAUGGAGGAGAGUGUUUUACUGGGAACUAAACCACUCGUAGAUGCCAUACGCCACUUCAUCCGGGACCCGAGUGGCGUAUUUUCCGUAUGUCACCUUUGUGAGACAGCAUACCAAGUUACUUCAGUGCUAAGGGCGGAAAACGAAAACAACUUAACCAAAGAGGUAUAUUAUUUUUCUUGUAAUGUGCAACCGAGCUUCUAUACAUAAAAUACAACUCGUGGCAAGAACAAUAUUGUUCUUGCCACUCGAACAUAAAAUUCAUAUCUUCUCGCCACCGUGUAAUAUCCUCUAUGUAUAUAGUGACCCCAUGUUUAUUACAUACCACCAUUGAUUAUGAGAGUAUACUCCUCGCAAAGAACCGUUUCAUUCAAAGGGGGGAAUUUCAUAUAUCCCAUGAUGCAUCGCGGCUAAUUUCUGUCUUCUCUCCGCGGUGGAAAGAGCGUUCGAGGGUUUUGAGGGAGAUUUUCAAGAUGCAGCACAUCCAAGGUAAGCUUCUAUGAGCCCUGUUAAUCUUUGAUAUCUGAUUAAUAAUGUAAAAUGUUUCCAUGGUCAUUUCACGCAUUAUUGCUCUCGUUUACGACCCUGUUAACCCAUGCUGUUUGAACUCGCAAGUGAUUAUUUAUUUAGAUGACUUUCAAUUAUCGAAAACUGUCUUUAUUCUAGCAAGGUUUUGCCCUAAUAAAUUAUUUAAAUCAGCGGACAAGGGCUGCUUGAUACUAGUUUCACGCUCCGACCUCUUUCGACCUCGCGAUUUUUAUGGGUUUGAUCGUUCUACCCUUUCUCCGCUAAGAUGCAAGACGAAGGUUUCAAUUUCUUUAUGCUAAAUCCUGGGUACAUCAUCAGAAAAAGGGUAAUAAAAUAACACAGGAGAGUACCAGUUGUGCAAAUACAUUUAAUUUAUUAAAAGUCGUUUGAUUUUGUAAUACUUUUUUCUGAUCUGAAUAAAAGAUAAUGGAAUGAAAUUGUGACCGAGUGACGGAGGGGAGAGAGCAACAUAGGCGUACGGGAAAUUUUUUGCUAGGGGGAGGGGGAUAAACAUUUGCCCCCAAAAAUCUCGCAAGUUGCCGAAAAAUAUUUACGAAAGAGUCGAAAAGAAACGAGGGUCAUAUUGCAAUAACAUGGGCUGCACUGGCAUAUGAACGUGGCUCGAUACAGUUUUUGUGGGUCAAUGCCCCGGGGUCAAUGCCAAGUCUAAGUUAAAUUACGUAGCCCUAAAGAAAAAAAAAAUUGCCACCACAGUCGUAUUAAGAUGAUAAUUUGUCAUGAUCAGGGCUGCAAUGACAUCGGAGUUGUUAUAGCAGCGAAAUGAUGCCAUUGCCCAUUUUACUUAAGCAAUAAUUCUCGGCACUGGGAACCUUGUAAAAUCAUUUACAGGAGCUUUUUUCUCCGAUAUGGUCGCCUCGAUGUUCAUGAAGUUUAAGCAAAAUCUGUGAGAGCGUUAUCGAGAUAUUUUGAGAUGAAGUUUUUAUUAUUGUUUUAAAUAUUACAGCAAGGAGCCCAAAAGUGUGACCACCUUUAAUUAAUUCACAUUCUUCCAUGAAGGCGUUAACCAAUCAGAAGUCGAGGACAGUUUCCAGCUGGCUUCUGAUUGGAUUUAAUCUGCAUGAAAGAAUGUGAAUAAAUUAAAAGCGGUCACACUUUUGGGCUUCUUGCUGUAAUAGUAAAUGUGAGUGUGAAAAAUGUUUGACGGUUAUUAACACGCAUACUGAUGCUCUUUCUUCUGGGUCACAGUUCGUGCACUAUCGUAAGGGAACACGUCUUCUUGCCUUCAUAUACUUUUUUCCUUCCGCCAAUGCCGGUAAAUAAUAUUUAUUGCUUAAGUAAAAACAAGUUUCUUUUAUGUGUAUAUAAUAAUGGGUUCUGUUUGCUCACUGAUGCAUUACCCGGCAUUCACACUUUCCACUUUCCCGUGAACUUGAAACUUGACUUGGAAAACCGACUCGCAAACAAACCUUCUCCAGAAAAAUGAUCUUCUGAAUGCACUACUUUUUGAAUGAGAGGCAAACUGAUGAAAGCUAUCAAAUUUAAAAAUACUCCUGCGGGAAAUUUUUUUGGCAGCUAAUUGCAGAAUGAAGCGCUUUGACUGGCAGCUUUUUGCAUUGUUGUUUAGUGUGUCCAAUGAGAACUUUAGUUUUUCCCUUAAAAAAUGUUUUUCUAAAUUGUAAAAUGUCUAAAAUGUAUGUUAAUCAUUCAAGUGGUGCGGUGGACUUAGAAAAAAUUAUACAGUGUGGCAGCGCUGAGAGCAAAACAGCAAAACUAGUUGAAGACAUCGGGAGUGAAUAUUUCAUUGAACUCAAAGCGUUACAGAACCUUGAGUAUUUGGACAUUUUCACAUGACUUUAACCAGUUGUAUGUAGUUUUUACCAUUGUGUUCAAACAAAAACGAUUGUCUGUUAUUAGGACCUUCAUUCCGUUAGCUUCACUUAAAUUCCUUAUUUCAUCAUUGUGAGUUGACUUUCAAGACAAAGGCAUUUAUAAUCAAAAGGUGAACACUGAAUUAUUGUACUAGUGUGUCAAGAGUAUCUUACCAGGUCUACUUAUAGUUCACACUUUUACGGUUAUUUAUUGAUGUUGAUAAGUUACUACAGCUGAUUUUAAUGAAUAAAUAAAGCCAGUAAUUUAUUAACUUACAGUGUAAUUAAGAAAGGAAUAAUUAAUUAAUAUUUUUUCCUUCUGCUCACAAACAAAUUUUUUUCAGGCUAGUAGAUGUUAGUUACAGCUUGCCCAAAGGGCACGCUGUAAAAUUGACUUUCUUUGCACCCUGCUUAACAUCAUUACUUUUCUUCCAUCAGAAUUGUCAAAUUGGAGAAACACUGAUUUCUACUCAUUCCAUGUUAUUCCACUCAAUGAAACAAUCUCUAAUUUAUCUUGUCAACUGGGUUGCUUAGAAGUUGAUUCGUUAAGGCAAAAUUUAGCCACUGGGUAAAUUUAAUACGUUUUAAUUACUGUUAUGGCAGCAAACAUGUAUCAACAGAUACAUGUAUGGUUGCACUUAAGUUGCUGGAAGGUGAAUUUAAAGGUCUGUUGAGCUUUGUGCGAGACAGAAUAUUAAAGCAUGUUUACAGAAUUAAUUUACUCUGUACAGCUUAAAAAAAAAUCAGCUCUUGUUCAAUCUUCUAAAAAUACAAUUAAGCGGCAUACUUCCGAGUUAAAGUCAAUAUCUAAAUACCAAUUUCGUAAAAUUUUAUACUUCACUUUGAAGCUGAGGUGAAACAUAAUCAAUUCACUACGUUGUGUCGUCUGCAAUAGCCAAAUUACUCGGUCAUAAAUGUCUUCAACCAGCAGCCACACCAAAAUAUGAACCCUUAUACAGCUGCAUCACUGUACUUACUGUUUGAAUCAUGAAGAUAUUUAAAUGUUGUGCUUCUAAACACCUUUAGCCGUAAUAAAAGACAACAAAAUUGUGAAGAACCAAAAUGGUGGUCUCAAAGUGCCCUGGUUUGACCUUUGGCACAGGAAUGUCAUGUUUAAAUGCCAAAAUCUCAUUGGUUCCUAAGCAUCAACUUGUAGUACCUCCAACCUUAUUGGCCCCUGCAACACACAUCCAAACAGACAAAGCCACAAAGAUAGCUAUGCUCACACCACUUUGAAAUGAGCUAUUUUUUCAAAAUAACUCAAUAACAGACUUGCACAAAUUUAUAUAGUUUAGGACAAAGAAGUCAAAAACCAUACCCUGUCAAGUUGCACUUUCCUGUAUGGGUCCUAUAGGAGAGUACCAACAACCUCCCCCAACAACUUCUCCAAAAAAGUACUCAUAUAUAUAUCUGAACAAACUAUGAAAGUACAACAAUCAACUGUGUGGGUUGUUGGAAAAAACAGGUGGUUAUUGUGCCAGAAGUGUAACUGAAUAUUUUGCUGACACUGACAUGAUGAUAAUUAUAAAAGGAGAGAUAGUGAGAUAGGAGAAGUGAGAAAAAUACAAAAAUUUUGGAAAGAGGUUACCAACUAUGGCUAUCAUGUUCUAUUUUUAACAAAGUUAUUUUCUCAUAAUUAUUUUCAGGGUCAAAAAGAAAGAGCAGCAAAGGUUCAACUCCCCAGCAGGACAUUCAUGAGGACCUCAACCCCAAAAAAGUUAGAUCAAGGUAAUUCAUCUGUACGUAACAGACAUAUAACAAUUUGAGAAGAGUGCUUGCAGGGCAAGUGAAACACGUGACAGUUAUGAAAAAACUGAUAAACUUGUGGCCCUCCUCAUCAUCUUCUUGGAAACAAUUUUUUUGCAUUUUUCAGUGUUCUUUUUAUUUGUGCUAAAUAUUACCAUGGCCCUAUUAAACUAUUUUCGAGCAACGUAUAAUCAAUAGCACUAUAACCAGUUAUUUGUUUUGAUACAAGGUCUACUUUCCUUUUUUGGGGGCAACUAUUGACACAAAAUAAAAGGCAUAAUAGAAAAUUAUGGGCAAAGGGAGUAGCGCGCUUUUUUGCCAACAGUAGCAAAGUCCUGAUCCUCUUCGAUGAUGUUCCCAUAGACUGUUCACAGUCCCCUAUUUUUUCAUGAGAUCGUUGAGAUAUAGCACGUCUUACCGUUAAUGACAGCCAUCUUGAUUUUCAAAUCUACCGAGGGUGGGUCUCAGGAUUAUAGCUUUAGGAGGAGGGGGGCCUCACCAUCCUGCUGCCCCCUAAGUAGUUUCGACACUCAUGCAAGAUGGCAGCCCGUAACGCAGAGCGCUCGAUCCGACGAUCUUAUGGAAAAAUAGAGGACUGAGAACAGUCUAAUGUUCCCACAGGCCAUCAUACUUGUACCAACCGGUGGCCUGUGGUAUCAGGGGCAAAGGUAGCUACAUUGUUGAUUUAAAAUGAUUGCCAUUGCCAUAAGUCACUCCAAAUAAUUUAAAAGUAGUAAUUAAGUGACCCAUUUAUAGCUUUGAUGGUAAUAUAUUGUCAAUGGAAGCUAAGGCAUGUCAACAAUAAAUGGCGAGGAAAGUGGCAUUCCUUAAAUGAAAACCCUCUGAGAUUCUGACCUUAAGCCGUGGCGAAAUGGAGAUCUUUUAAGCUGCUGUUUACCUUGGGGAGCCGGGGGGGUGGGUACUUGAGUUUAUGUUUGCUGUGUAUGUGCCGCUGGAGCCCCUACACCAUUAUAGUCUACUUAUUGGCCAAUUGUAGACCCCAUCUUAGUCACUUUUUGGAAAAUGUAAUUUUCAUGAUCCCAACUUAGUCACUUUCUAUUUAUUCAUCUACCUUAUCAAUGUGGUUUCAAGCGGCGAAAUGUAAUGCGGUCAAUGCGAGCUUAUUGUUAAAUUUAAUAAACAACAGCUUUCUGAUUUUUUAACCGAGAAUCUUCCCAUUUUGAAUCCCUACUUGCUCCAAAAAUCUGAAAAUUAACCACCCCAUUCUAGGAAAUCUGUUGAAAAUGCGACCCCAUUAUAGUCACUCUAGUCAUGAAAAUGCGACCCCUCCAGCAGCACAUCCCUAUUAGCCUCUUGUAAGGGAGUAUCCCCCAGGGCUGUUUACGAAGGCAAGGUGGAAGAGUCGAUCAGAGAAAGAGACAUCUUGAGGCUAUUUUCAGCUGUAUUAGCUUAUGCAUCACUGAGAAAUAUUUCUGAAGAAAUAUUUUUAUAUUUUUUUCAAUAUUGCUCAUUCCCACCCCCCUCCCACCCUCGCCAGAAAAAUAAUGGUCCGUUCCUUAAAAUAUUCUUUUCAUGUCCAACUCUUUGGGUGGAUCAUUUGCAAGAAUAUUUUUGGUGGAAAGGAAAUCACAUUUCUUAAGAUUCUAUUAAAAUUCAUAUCUACCCUAUGUUAAUCUCCUUUUAAAGCGUUUAUAUAGCAGGCAGUGCUAUAAAAUCAAUAUUUUUGUAUAGGAGAGCAGCUGAAGGAUUAUAACUCUAACCCUGACCCUGACCCUGUUUAAAAAAAGAAUUCAUGAAAUAAAUACCCUGUUUAGGACAACACACUCAAUUUUAUUACUCUAGUUAGGACAUAGGGAAAAAUGCAUGCCGUUUUAUUUUAAAUUCAUUUAAAACAAAAGGUUUUGUAUAUUGCCCAGGCAUACCCUGUGGACAGACUCGCACAAAUUUAUAUGCCCUGUAGUACAAAGAGGCAAAAAACAAUGCCCUGUGGUCCAGCGGCAAAUUCCCACCCAGAUUCCCCUACAGGCCAUAUAAGACCAUAAUUAUAAGGGAGCAUCCUCCUGGAUCUAAAUUUGGUUUUAAUGAUAGAAAAACGUGUAUAGCCGAAACUUGCAAAAGGUUAAAAUAGUGAAUAUCCAGGAUGAUGUUACUACCACUACACAACAAGUAGAACAUUUAUCAUUUAACGCUUUGACUGAAAAAUUCUCUCGUGAUUUAAAGCAUUUCCCAUGAACUUAUGUGCAGAAAACGUAACAUUGUCAACCUUCCUCGAGUUUUUUAAAAAUAGAUUCAAAUAAUUAUAUACGGGUAAAGAAUCAAUUUUCUCCUUGUAAUAUCAAUGCUUUGUAAAACAGAGUGGUCAUAAGAACAACGGACAUGAUCGCACAAGAGGAAUUUACUUGGUAUUUUGCCAACUUCUCCCCACUACUACUGUAGGAAGUGUGUAGUGGCAACAAAUGAGAAUUCAAAUUUUGAUCUUAGGGUUUGAGGGGUUAAAAGCUAAACCAAUUUGUAUCCUUAUUUCAGGCGUCCCAGGCUCAAGCGGCAUUGCUGCGGCCAGCCCAGGUAAAGUAUGUCGGAAUCAGUUUUUGUAAUUGCACGUAACAUGUCUACUUUACAGUCUUUAUUGUCAUUCAAAAUUCAAAAAUGUUUUUCCUCAUAGGAAAAAAUAUUAAUUUGCGCACAUCUUUUACUAUCUCUUUCAAGAGAAGUAAAGUAUACAAACUCAUAUUAAAUGUGCCCGUUAAAAUAAAAGCCAAUAUUCUGUUAUAUUAUUCCCGGCUGGAAAUUAUCUUGUUGGAAUCGGGUAAAACCAGACAUAACUAAUAGAUGAUGAAUGACAUUAAUGAGCAAUCAAUGAGUAAUCAUUGGGUACAUGAACUGAUUAGUCAUUGAUUAUUAGCUAUAAUCAAUGGGUAAUCAGUGACUAGUCGAUGGCCAAGAUUUUUGUGGUCUAUUGUUUAUUCAUUGAUGAUUCAUUGAUGAGUAAUUGAUGCGUUUGACUUUUUAUUGAUGAUUAUCUUAUGAUUACCCAUCGAUUAGUCAUUGAUUACACAUCUCGUACAAUUUCUAACCAAUUUUUUUUUUCUGAACUUAUUGCAAGUGAUAAAAAUUUACGUUAAUGGUUCUUGUCGAUAAUAAUAGCCAAUUAGGAAUUAAGCUUGCAUGUACAAAACAAAUGUAUAUAGGUCAUGAUGAAAAGAGAAUGGAAAAUCAAAGAUGAUGAUGAUGAUGAGAAAGGUCAUCUUAACACUCUUUUAUUUAACGGGAAAUGAAGAACAAGGAUGGGUAAUGGAAACAUGAAAAAUGGUAACACAACUGAGAAAUGGAAAUAAAGUUACUGAUUUUCUACCGAAACCAAGAGGCUUAAGCAGUCCUUUAAUGACAACGUAUUAUUUUGCGCAGUUUUGUUUCUUUAGAGGCUAUUACAGUUGUAAAACACGGGAAAGAAAAAUCCAAGUUGGGACCCAGUAAAGAUCUAAUUAAGCGAGUAAAACAUCUCACAUACAAUUAUGUACGGAAUACUAGGCUUUACUAACAACGCCUUCUCAUUUUUUUGCAGACUUGAAAGAAGAAAAUGAGUUAUUAAAAGAAGAAAUUGAAAAAUUAAAAGAAGAAAACAAAAAGUUAAAAAACGAAAACAAAAAUUUUAAAAAUGAAAUUAAAACUAUAAAACGAAAACACACCAAGGAACUAAAAGAACUGAGCAAGAGAAAGAAAAAUUAAAUGAAUAAUGUGGAAGGUAAGUUGCUAAAAGUAACAAUUUUAUGGACAAGUACUAUAUAUUAUGCUGUACAUCAUGGUUCUAACUUUGGAACCCUUUUAAUAAACAGCACCACAGAAAAGUACUGCUUAGUAGCUUUCAUUUGAAUGGUCACACUUUAGAACACCAUGCACAAACUCAAAAGUUAGACCUGUCUUGUAUAGUAUAAUAAACAGUAAAACAGGAAAGUGCUGGUCAAGUAGCUUUUAUAUGAAUGGUCACACUUUAGCGUUUCAUCGAAAAGACUCAAAAGUUAGAACCACCUUGUACAGCAUAAUAAACAGUAGAACAGGGAAGUACUACUCAGUAGCUUUCAUUUGAAUGGUCACACUUUAGGAUUUCAUCCACAAACGUCUUAAAAGUUAGAACCUUGUGAGACUCCCUUCCACUCACUGGAAAGGAAAAGAAUUGACGCUUUAGUGACUCCCACUCGGCUGGUUUGGCAAACUUGAAUAAAACUGAGAAUUGAAUGAAUGGCAUAAGGAAUUUUCAUUAUUUUUGGAUUAACCUGGCAUAAAACAACUUAACGACAGGGUUAGGGUUAGGAAGUGAACACUUUGUUACCCAUUAAACAUAUUUAUUUGCUACGAUUAUGAUUUAAACUCUUUACUGGGUUGUAACCUAAUGAUUGCCACAAUAUGUUAUGUUUCAGAUUGGACAUUUCCACUGCCGAGAAGUGCAGUCAAACAUACUUAUAGGCAUAUAUACGGCAAUGGACAUUUUUAGUUUGUAUAUUUUGUUUUCCCAUUUCACACCACGUGAUGGUACCCAGUGUUGCCUUAUGCACAUGCAUCCACUUGCAAAUGUAUGCAUAACUAAUUAAAUGACAAAAGGCAAAUUCCCCGGAGAACAUCACUGAAUUGGGAAAACAAACCAAAUUAAACAAGCUAAAAAGGUUUGCCAACUCGAGGGCAAAAAAAAAAAGAAAAAACAAGUAAAUAAUAUCAUCAGUUUAUUAGUUACUCUCAGCUUUUUUCAUCACAAUUUGUCCAAAAAAAGAUACUUACUAUAAGGCUAUGGCCAAAAUUCACCGAGAUAUAAAGAGUAAUUGAGUAUUGCUCUUUAGUUACAACUUGAGUCUCUCUCUUAUUAUUAUUUAAUACUUAAAAGUAUAUACACACAGAGUGCAUGAUCACAAUAAAAGACAAACAGAAACCAUUAAUGUAUGAUUUUAUUAAGAGAUCCUUUUUCAUGCCUGGAAAAUGCACAUGUUGCGGUAUACAAUAGUAAAUUCGUAAAAGUUCUAAACAGCUAAACCUUCAAAACAUCUAAGAUUCCCUGAAUUGCAUCGAAUUUUUAAAAGUUUCGACUCAAAAAUUCCACUUGGUGGAAGGUUAGUCUCCAAAUAUUUAUUAUUCAUUCAAAGUAUUUCGCCAUAUGAUUCGUUUUACAAGCCUCCAGUUCCAUAGUAUAGUAAAUAUAUAUGGAAACGAGAUUGGAAUCGGUGGUUUUUCUGAUGCCGUUAAUCAACCUCGUUUCCACAUUGGACGCCUGGCUGUUUAUUCACGUGUCAACUAAACAAAAUAACUACUCAAAAUUUUUUACCUUAUUUGCAAGAUUACGCAAAAAAUAUUGCUCGAUGAAUGUUAUCUGCCUUUGUGGAAUCUCUGCAAGAAAUAUCAUCUAUAAAUAUCCUGAAGCCGUACCAAAAUCUUAACAAAGCCGACAAGGUGGUAAGCUUUAUAAAGAUUGUUACAAAGCUUAAUUAGUGCAGCUGAUUAAUGGCAAUUUUUUUAAUUAAUAAUUUAAUAAUAUUUGAAUUCGGCUUCCGUUCUAGUUUGAUGCGAUGAAUUAUGUAUCUCAGAGUGCAGAUCCUUGAUCUACAUCAUAACAAGGUUAUUUUCAUACUAUAGAUCAAACAAAUAACGGGAAAGAAAUCCGAUAGGCUUCUGCGUUUAGUAGCUGUGGGAUUGUCCAGGAAAAAAGAUUAUGAACAAAACUGCUGUGUUGCAGUUACCUGCCUCCCCUGCUGGCUUAAAAUGGUCUCCUUUAGGGACGAUUAAAAGAGGAUUGGGCUGUUCCCAUAUUGGUCUUUGUAGGUUUAAUUCAAAAUUUCCAACAAACACUUGAGAGAUUGGUGCAGUACAAGCAUGGUCAAAGCUUUGCUCUGUUGCAGAUAGCGCCCCAAAUUCACUGUUGCUAUGUGUAAACAGCACAAAAUCUAUAUGAAUAGUGUGACCAUUAUCUAUUGGCUGACUUUCAAAUAAAAAAGAUUGCUUAAAAAACCAAAUUAUUGAGAGUGUGUAUAUACUUAUCUGAAGUACUAUACUGAUAUAUUUAUUUAUGAAAAAUGUGCCUGAUUUUCAUGAGACAGGGUAAUUAAUGUAGAUCUGCACCUGCAUGCAUGCUUAUUAUUUUUUACCUUAGGCAGUUAGGUAUUGAAAGCUCUAAUCCUCGGAGCCCAAUACACUGCAUUUGAUCGAGGAGUACGUUCCCUGGUUUUUUGUCCCAAUGGGUUUUUUUUCUGGGUUUUCGUACUGGGCAGUGUAUCAUUGCAUUGUAUUUUUUCUAGGUUAAAUGUCUCUUAAGCCUUAAUUCUUUUUCAAUUUUAAUUUUUUUUUGUUAAAUUUAUUUGAACUUUUUUCAUAUUUCGUUUGCUUUAUUUUCCUAUACUUUCCAUAAAUUCUGUAAUUUUGAUUUGUUCAACACUGACGUAUUUCAUUUCAUGCACCUUUUGCUUUGUAUGUAAUAAUUUUUAUUGGUAUCAUGGAUUUAUUUGCCCUUGAGUUGUUUGCCUUCUUAAUAUUAGAUGUUAACUUAAUUUAGCCUUCAACUAAAUCAUGUAAAAAAAUUUUUUUUCCCAUAUUUUGUUAAUAUUAAAUUUAGUUUCAUUAGACAGUAGGAACGUACCAUAGUUGGUAAAAAAAGAAAAAAGUUUUGCAUGCAUUUUCUAUGUUACUUGUAUAUAUUUUUCAAAAUAUCUUUCAUUUACUUUUUUCUCUUAUACUCCAUUUCUGACAGCUUGUGAAUAGUUAUUAUUAAUUAAUUAGUUAAUCUAGAUUAUAGCUGUGUUGUGUAUAAAAAUAGGCAAUGUAAGAAGGAUUAAAGAAAGGAUUUUAUUUUUAAAUCAAGAUUUCAGUAAUCUCUUUAUUUAUAACCACGAAAUCCUAGCAAAUACAGCCACAGGUUUUGUCUCCUUUACAAGCUCAAAACGAAAGAGCUAUUCAUCCUCCUGAGUUUAUACCUUUAUGAAGUAUUCGGUAAGAGCAGCCUAAAACCAAUAUUUUUAUACGGAGAAGCUCCGCCAGGAGGUCCAACCCGUUACCCUUUUAUAUACCAUUUUUCACGAAAAAGGUGCCCCUUUUGUAUACCUUCUAUUGACAAAUGGUACCCCUUUUACAUACCUUGUUUAGAAUCUUGCAUUCGUUUUAACUGCUGUAAAUGCACUGUCGUUUAAGUAGGAGUUAAUCAGAAAAAUAGAACGUUUUCUUGACUUUAUAAAGCCAUAAAAUUCAUCUGUUAGCUGUUUGGGCCCUUUCACAGAGCCAAAUGACAGAUUUUCCUACCCUCUCGUAUAUUUCAGCUAUUAAAAUCCCUACCCUUUCAUGUACCUGAAGCCUCUAAAGGUGCCCCUUUUAGGCGGAGCCUCCCUGUAUAGGCUAUUAUAAUGAAUACCCCUCCCCCGUGUCAGAAGUGAUAUUUUGAUAUCACUUUUGAGCAAUUUUGAAGGAAUUUGAGCUCGCUGUUUUUAACUGUUCCUGUUCAUAGAAGGGCUAUUUAUUUAAAGGAAAAUACCACUUCUUAAGGCAAAAGGAUGACAAUUUACCUUUUGAUACAUGUACUUUUUUUAGUGAUAUAUGUUGUGCUACAGUUCAAAAGGUAAAUACAGUACAUUUACCUUAAAAUUAUAUUGGUUUGUUAGCAAACAGUUCAUGUGGGUGCCCUGUGAUUAACUAGAUAAUUUUUUAACAUUAAUAAACUCUUCCAAUUGGCAGUGUUUUCGUAUUAAGGCUCUAUGCCAGGUACCACACAGAAAACACACAAAACGUAAUGGGCAAAAUUCUGGUGGCAGGGAAGCGCUUAAAUCUAGGGGUGAGGGUACCAGGAGAGAAGCCCUCCUAUGGGGGAGACAAGAUCAAGUGGUACCAGGGGUAGUCAUCCUGGACAGGAGUCCUGAUCAGUCUCCGGGGGUGAGGCCCAUAUCCCCCGGCCAGUACAGGAACUAAGGGGAACCAGGAGGGGUGGCACUCCUGGGUGGAGUACAGAUCAGGUGGGACCGGGGUCCACACAGAAGACGAUUUCUCAAAAUCUACUCAUUAAUUUUGUGAUAUUUGGCAGACUUUUUACUUUUAUCAUAUUUUAAAUAAAGAGAACUUUAAAAUGGCGGUUGAACAGAUGAAUUUUGUGACACAUUUAACAAUUACAGUACAAUUAUAUUAUUAAUUAUCUAAAAACCCGUCUGUUAAAAUUUGGUCAAAUAAGUUUUAAAUGGUAAUGAUUAAUGAUUAAGUUUAUAGGAAAAUCUAAUGAGCGAAUUUUAUGUAAGCUGAGCAAAAGUGAAAUGUUAAGGUUGUAUUCAAUCGUUCACGUUGCCAUGGAAACUAUGAAAACGUCAAAUUUUACCUGUCAAUCAAAAUCUUCAAUCAGUAUAUUUUUCACUUGCCAAGUUUCAGCUUGUGAGCUGCAACCUUUCUCUUGCCAUGAUUUGGCAAAUGACGUACAUAAUUCACAAACUGCCAAAACUGUGUUCAGCCACCUUAACAUCAGUUUAUGCUGCCAUAAACUUGAACGAUAAAGAUAUGUUUUACUGCAUCAAGCUCACUUGGUAGCAAGUGUUUUUACUGACUUGAUCUUUAUAAUGUUAACAUUAAUGAAAUUUUCGGUUUGAUUUGUUUCUAAUCUCAGUGGAAUGGCAAAACAGGGAGAUAUAACUGAAGAAAAUAUAGAUGCCGAUCCCCUAUCCCUAAGGUGAGUAAUAUUUAAUUUCAAUAAUUUUUUUGCCGAUAGAGCAAAUUGGUCUCUCACGAGAAAAUACAAUUCUUGCAAAACUACUUGAAAGAAGCCAUUGUGUUACACUAUUGGUAUGGAGUAAUGGUGGCUGUGACAAAUAAAUAAAAUACAAAUACAUAUACAUUUUAUUCUUCAGCGUCAUUCAGAUCAAAGUUUGUAAGUGUAUAAGUAGUACAUGAAUUAAUUGCUGAAUAGCAAAAUGAUUAUUUUGCAGGAGAUUGCCUUUCAAUGAGAUUGUAGUGCCUUCUGUCAAUAAAGUAUGUUCCAUAUACAUUAGAACAGCUGGUCUCACACCAGAAGGCCAUCGGAGAGACCUGCGGGAACUGGAAAAUUUAUUUUACAUCAUGGUUAGUAUGCUUUAUAAUUAUGCCUGUAAACACUACAAUUCCAAAGGGGUUAACCUGUGGUUUAGGUCAAAAAUUUGAGAUUUUCUGAAAUUUUUGUUUUAUGCAAAAUAAAAAUAAUGAGAAAAAGUAUAUGCUAACGUUUUUGGUAGAAAAUAAGCCUUUUCAGAUAAUAAAAAAUAGAUUUAAGAAAACCGAAAAACUGGCAUUUCUCCAAAGGAGUAAGUCCAUAUCAUUUUCGUCAUGAAUUUAAACUUUCUGCAACUUUUAUUGUUAUGAAAAAAAAAAAACAACAAGAAAAGUAUCUGAGGACAUUCUAGUUAGAAAAACUUUUCUCGGCAACCCCUUGUAACCACCUCUAAUACCCUGUAACCGCUGCUUUUCAUCCUGUUACCCCCUGUAUCCCCAUGUACCAGAUCGUGAUAAUAGAUCAUGAGAAAACACGUUUUGACGUUUAAUAUAGAAAACAAGCCUUUCUGGACUAUGAAAAAAAUGGGUUAAAAAAACAUUUUUCUAAAGGGGUUAAUAAGUCUAUGGUUUUGGUCAAAAAUUUGAAAUUUCUUCAACUUUUAUUGUUAUGCAAAAUACAGCAAGAAAAAGUGUCUGGGGACAUUGUAAAUAGAAAAACGUUUUUCUGCAUCCCCUUGUAACCCCCUGUUAUCCCCUGUACCCCUUUUAACCCCCGUACCCUUUGUAACCCCCUGUAACCCAUUGUUACCCCCUGUAACCACUUCUAAUCCACUGUUACCCCUGUAACCACUUGUAACCCCCUGUAACCUGUGACCCCUUGUAACCAUACCAUACCAUAGCCAGCCAUAACCCCCUGUAACCCCCUGUAACUGCCUGAAACCCCUUGUAACACCCUGCAACUAUCCCCAUAUAGUUGAUCCUAAUAAUAGAUCGUGAAUAAACAAUUUUUGACGUGUUAUAGAGAAAAGGAUUAAAUUAACUGCAAGAACCAUAGACAAAGAUCCUGCUAGUUGUAAACGUUGGAUCUCAAGAAAAGAGACCUAAUCAGCCAAAAUAUAAGGAACCAAGAACGAGAGGUCCAAAGACUACUGCAAAGCUGAUUCAGAACGUGUAUUGUUUUUUCAUAUGACAGCAGAUGUCUGCUGUCAAAUAACUGUUAUCACACGUCUGAUGUCUUAUUUUAUAUGUUAUAUAACUGUCAUCAGACAUCUGAGGUCUAAUAUCAGACGUCUGAUAACAGUUAUAUGAGGUCAGACGUCUGAUGUCAGACGUUUGACAUCAGACAUCUGCUGUCACAUAACUGUUAUCAGAGGUCUGAUGUCUAAUUUAUAUGUUAUAUAACUGUCAUCAGACGUCUGAUGUCUAAUAUCAGACGUCUGAUAACAGUUAUAUGAUGUCAGAUGUCUGCUAACAGUUAUAUGACAUCAGACGUCUGAUAUCAGACAUCUGCUGUCAUAUAACUGUUAUCAGACGUCUGAUGUCUGAUUUUAUGUGUUAUGUUAUAUAACUGUUAUCAGACAUCUGAUGUCUAAUAUCAGACGUCUAAUAACAGUUAUAUGAUGUCAGAUGUCUAAAGUCAGGCGUCUGUUAUCAGACGUCUAAUGUCAUUUGUCUUUUAUCAGACGUCUGAUGUCAGACGUCUGAUAUCAGACAAAUGACAUCAGACGUCUGAUGUCAGACAUCUGCUGUCAUAUAACUGUUAUCAGACGUCUGAUAUGUAAUAUUAGAUGUCUAAUAACAUGAGUUAUAUGAUGUCAGACGUCUGCUAACAGUUAUAUGACAUCAGAUGUCAGAUGGCUGCUGUCAUAUAACUGUUAUAAGACAUCUGAUGUUACAUGUUCUGUUAUAUAACUGUUAUCAGACAUCUGAUGUCUAAUAUCAGAUGUCUGAUAACAGUUAUAUGAUUUCAGACGUCUGAUGACAGUUAUAUGAUGUCAGACGUCUGAUAACAGUUAUAUGACGGCAGAUGUCUGCUGUCAAAUUACUGUUAUCACAUGUCUGAUUUUAUAUGUCAGACGUCUGAUGUUUAAUAUCAGACGUCUGAUAACAGUUAUAUGAUGUCAGAUGUCUAAAGUCGGGCAUCUGUUAUCAGACGUCUAAUAUCAGACGAAUGACAUCAGACGUUUGACAUCAGACAUCUGCUGUCAUAUAACUGUUAUCAGACGUCUGAUGGCUAAUUUUAUAUGUUAUGUUAUAUAACUGUCAUCAGGCGUCUGAUGUCUAACAUCAGACGUCUGAUAACAGUGAUAUGAUGUGAGACGUCUGAUGUCAGACAUUUGAUGUUAUAUGUUAUGUUAUAUAACUGUCAUCAGACGUCUGAUAAACGUUAUAUGACAGCAGACCUCUGAUGUCAGACGUCUAAUGUUAUAUGUUAUGUUAUAUAACUGUCAUCAGACGUCUGAUAACAGUUAUAUGAUUUUGAUAACAGUAAUAUGACAGGUGACGUCAGACGUCUGCUGUCAUAUAACUGUUAUUACACUUGUGAUGUCUGAUUUUAUGUUAUGUUAUAUAACUGUCAUCAGAAGUCUGAAGUCUGAUAACAGUUACAUUGCAGCAGACGUUUGAUGUCAGACGUCUGAUGUUAUAUGUUAUGUUAUAUAACUGUUAUCAGACGUCUGAUAUGACAUCAGACGUCUUGUAACAGUUAUCAGACGUCUGGUGUCUGAUUUCAUAUGAUAUGUUAUAUAGCUGUUAUCCCACAUCUGAUGUCUGAUGUUAUAUGUUAUGUUAAAAUUAUCACGGUUAUCAGAUGUCUGAUGUCUGAUAUCAGACAUGUGAUGUGUUUUAUGUCUUAUACCAGACGUCUGCUGUCUGAUGUCCUACAGUUGAUAUCAGAUGUUUCAUGUUUGUUCUUUGAUGCCAAACAUCUGCUCUCAGAUGUCUGAUGUCUGAUAUCAGACAUCUGAUAUUAGGCAUCUGAUACCAGACGUUUGUUGUUAGAUGUCUGAUGUCAUAUCUCUGAUAUCAGAUGUCUGAUGUUUGCAGUGUGAUAUCAGCUGUGUGAUGUCAGACGUUUGAUGUUUCUCAUAUGAUGUCAAACAUCUGAUAUCAGACGUCUGUCUGAUGUCAGAUGUCUGAUUUCAUAUGUCUGACACCAGACGUGUGAUGCUAGAUGUCUGUUGUUUGUUGUCUGAAUUAAGAUGUCUGAUGUCAGACGUCUGAUAUCAGAUGUCUGAUGUGAUAUGUAUAUGUCAGACAUCUGUGGUCAGACUUCCGAUGGCAGAUGUCUGAUAGACAUAGAUAGACUGACGUGUGAUGUCUAAUAUGAGACGUGUGAUAUCAGACAUCUGAUGUCCGAGUCUAAGUUGAGACAUUUGAGAUCAGACAUCUGAUGUCAGACCUCCGAUAUCAUCACCUCUGAUGGCAUAUGUCUGAUAUGUCCGACCUCAGUGGUCUGACUUCUUAUGGCAGAUUUGGGAUACCAGACAUCUGAUAAUAUUUUUGUAGCCUAGAGCAAAUAAGUCGACUUUUAGUUUUUGUAUUCUUCCAUAUUGGUUAUUCAAAGACUGUGAAAAUUAAUCAGAUCUGUUACUCUCCAGGGUAUUUAUAUAUUUUAACAAGUUUCGUACAUGUCCCCUUUACCUCUGGUACCUGUAGGUUCCCCAGUUGCCAAAUUAAAUUUAUAUGCAAUCUUUGUGAUGAAACAAAUAAUUUUUUCCCUACCUGUUCCCGACCCAGUAAAAGAAGGAAUCAGUAUGUCGGUAUGUCUUUCUUUAGGGGAUGUUUGAGCAUUUACAGGCAGUGUGGAUUCCAUAACUUAUUUAGUAGUAUUUAUAGUCACAUGUCAGAGGUCAUACGUCCGAUAUCAGACGUCUGAUGUUUGCCUUAUGUCAGGCGUCUGAUCUCAGAUAUCUUAUGACAGAAGUCCGAUGUCAGACAUCUGAUGUCUCAUGUCAGAUCUCUGAAUUCAGAUGUCUGGUGUCAGACAACUGAUGUUUGUUGUCUGAUGUCAGGUCUCUGAUGUCUGAUGUUAGAUCUGUGAUGUCUGAUGAUUGAUAUCAGACGUCUCAUGUCUCAUGUCAGACAUAGGAUGUUGGUUGUCUGAAGUCAGACAUCCGACGUUAGACCUCUCAUGUGUGUUGUCUGAUGUCAGAUAUCUGAUUUCAGACGUCCGAUGUCCGAUGUCAGACGUCCUUCGGCCUUGUCCAACUUUGGCUGUCCUAGGAAUUUUUUUCCAUCCAAUCAUUUCCAAAUUGGACUGCAUGUAGUCCUAUUACAUAUACAAAGUGUUUUGUUGUUAGUGCAUUCGUGUACUGUGUAGUUAACAAAAGUGAAGAUACAAUCACAUCCCAAGGCAACGACUUUGUGGCCAGUUGUUUUACAACGGAAAAAACAAUAUACCUCUUUCUAGAUAUUACUUGACUGAGACAAAUAUUUUGCUUCGAUUGGCUAAACAAAGUCUCACAAGGAAAUGUAUUGUCUGUAGGGUUAUUUUUAUGCUCAUUUCCCCAUUGGAAGUAAGUAUUAAACUCAACAAAUAAUUUUAGCAAUGAUGGCAGUCUUGGGAAGAGAUUUUCCAGAAUUAAAAAAUGAAGGACACUACAAUUAAACGUUGCAAAAAAAAUUAACGGUCUCCCGCGCAAGUUAUGCUUGGUUUGCGAACCCAUCACCUUGCAAAUCAAGUCAACAUCUUAUUUAAGCAUUUUAUUAUAAUCAUUCAGUGCUAUUUAGUUGGUAUUUGACAACAAUUCAUAGUUGGCGUCCCAGACAGAGAAAUUGCCCCAUGUUGAGUAAUCCAAGACACUCUUGAAGUCGGGAUUUUCUCCGGCGCCUGUGUGUUGUGCUCCACGCCCGCUUCACACUGGGCAAACGCGAAAAAAUAAAAUAAGCCCAAUUUUUCAGGCUAGUUUUCCGCAGAAAGGUAGGGAAAAAGUCUUGUUGGUCACAGCUUCUUCUAUAUGUUAAUAUUCUAAAUCUCUAUACUAUUCCAAAUCCAGGAAAUCAUUGCUUGUGGAAUCCCGAAUCCUGGGUUUUGGAAUCCGCCAUCCAGCUCAAGGAAUCCACCGUCUCGCUAACGAUUGAAAUUUGGAAUUCAGUCCCUAGAAUGUGGAAUCCAAACUUGCAUAUUGACAGUUGUCUGGACCAAACGAGGUGGUACGAAAAAAUCUAUUCUCGAGCGGGAGAGGACUGAGUUAAUCUAGUUUGGGCAAAGGGUAGGUGUGGUUAUCUCGGAGGAGUCGCCUGUUACGAGACCUUGGGACUGUACAAUAAUUACCUGGAAGGAGGGGUCUGGGAAAUAGGUGAAAUAUGCUCCAAAACUAAGUCAUACCCGCCUAACAUUAAGCAAAAAUUCAUUUCAACCCCACCUCACUGUUAAUGGUAAUAUUAAGGCUAACCCUCCCCCCCCCCUUGAAAAAAGUCUCCUCCCGGUGAUUCCCUCUUCUUGUUGUCAUUUUCUCCUAUGCCCCCCUCUAAUUUUCCAACCCCCCCCCCCCUCCAGGUAAUUAUCGCACAGUCCCUUACAAGACAUCAAUUCAUUUAUUUUAGUUUUUAUUUUAUUUUUUAUUUUAUCAAUUAAUUUAUUUUAGUGUUCCCACUUAGUGGUUAUACACCGCUAUUACAGUUCUGACACUUUAAUAAAGGUAUCAUCAUCAUCAUCAUCACGUUCAUGAAAGAACUUGGAGACAAAUUGUGACUGAUGGGAGAGAACAGAACGAAGUAAUGUAAUUAGAGCGGUUUUCAUUUGAGUGUCGAAAAGUAAUUGGUUUUGCACUUUCUACACGAUGCGAUUGGCUUAAAAGAUAGCGCGGUGGAAAAGUAGGUUAGUCUUCAUUUUGGUUUCGGAAUUGUGACGCGCUCGCAUGCAUUUUCCCGCGCUUUACGUCAGCCACAUGUAUAUUACUUCGAGUUUUGAUUGGUUCAAUGUAUUGUCUGUGUCCUAUGUGAUUGGCCAGAGUAAUUACUUUGGUUUUGGUUUUACGACACUCAAACGAAAACCACUCUAAAUAACAAACUACAAAACAUAUACAGUAACGAAAAAAACAUCAAAGGUACUUUCAAAGUAUAAUCAAUGGAAAAUGCUUUACUGAGAGGCUGUUUUAAAUAUUUAAUCUUCACUGACAACUGCCAGGCUUGUAAGAAAAAAUAGACAACAAUAAUGAAGUAGAAGUACUCGCCCUGUCAGUUGAGCUUUGAACAGUUUCACGAAAUUUGAUUACAGCAAGGAGCCCAAAAGUGUGACCUCCUAAUGUACAUUCUUUCAUUAAGGCAUUAUCCAAUCAGAAGUCGAGGACAGUUUCCAGCUGGCUUCUGAUUGGAUUUAAUCUGCACGAAAGAAUGUAAAUAAAUAAAAAGCGGUCACACUUUUGGGCUCCUUGCUGUAAUAGUAAAUGAGAGUGUGAAAAAUGUUUGACGGUUAUUAACUGUAAAAACAACAACAACAACAACAACAACGCGUACUGAUGCUGUCGCUCGAUCCGGUCUCUCACUGACUCUUCUGGGUCACAGUUCGUGCACUAUCGUAAGGGAACACGUCUUCUUGCUUACAUAUACUUUUUUCCUUCCGCCGAUGCUGGUUAAUAAUAUUUAUCGCUCAAGCAAAACCUAGUUUCUUUUAGGUGUAUAUAAUAAUGGGUUCUUUUAAUCUAUUUAAAGUGUUUUAUUUAUUUUUACCCGAAGAUAUUAGUUCCUGAUAGUGUAAGUUAUUCAGUCUGAAAUUCGAGAGUAAAAAAAAAUGUAUCAUGUAUGUAUUUUAGCCCUGGCCUGGCUUAAUGUUUUAAUUUUAAGCUUCAGCGAAGAAACAAUAACAGUCAGGAACUUAACAUAGAAAGUUUAUAUUCAUAGACUAUUGCUGCUGCAGAUCCAUUACAUUUUUAACUUUUCACUUGUUAUAUUUCAAUUUCAUCUUAUUUACAGUCUUGAAAUUGUUUGGAAUUAACGUGGAAAGCAGCGAGGACAUAAUUUUUUUUUUAAUUUUUUCUUUAUUUAAAAAAAAAAAUAAAAAAAAAAUAAAAUAAUAAAGAGAGGACAUAAUGGCCAUAAGAACAACUGUGUUUAACAGGAAUUUAGAACAACGGGGCAUUAGUCCCGUUAAAAAUGUCCAUAAGUCGGUGGUGGAGCACAACCUGGGUAUGAAAAACAGUUUAUAUUGUUAUAUUUUUUUGGUUUGUGGACUUAUUAGUGCCCGCUUAAGUAGGUCACUUACGAACCCGUAAUGCAAUGGGUACACUUACGGGUGUUGCAAGGAACGCACUUAGCACUUUCGUAAGUUUCUUUUUUCGUGGUAACUUACGGGCUCACUUAAGGGCACACGUAACUUUGUUUAACAUUUUUACUUUUAAGCAACUUGGGUAAGAAUUUUGAAGAGGCAGUUGAGGGCCUGACGCCCUGGAGGUAUUGUGCACAGUUUUAUUAUUAGUAAGGGGAUGGGAUAUAGACAUAUCUUAUCCCCUAAAAAUUUUUUUACCUGUUGGGAUUUCCUAGCCGAAAGUCUAGUGAUCCGAAAAUUAUAGGGAUCAAAACUUACCUUUUCGAAAAUUUCAACCAGAAAAAGGGCUCCCGAAAAUUAUAGGUGACCCUUUUAGGGUUAAAAUCCGUUAAAAAUGGGCAAUUACACCAUUUUUUAGAUGUACGAAAAUCCUAGGAGAGGCAGACAAGUAAGAAAUUUUACAACAAAUGUUCCGAAAAUUUUAGAUCUCAAAUCGUCUUCCGAAAAGAUAUUUUCCAAAAAUUGGCGUUAGGUGUCCCUGUUUUAUUAGUGCCCCCUUCUCUCCCCCCCCCCCCCCCCCCCCCCCCCCCCCCCCCCCCCCCCCCCUCAUCUCCCUCCUCUUCUCCGAUCCCACUCCCCUCCACCUCCCCGAACUACCAACAACACACACAGCGCCUCCUCACUUACGCAACCCCCCCCCCCCCCCCCCCCCCCCCCCAAUUUCACUGCUGUUCUGAUGUGUGACAUUUCUGCAGUAAAAACUGCAUCCGAUAAACUGGAAAAAAAAGAAAGAGCUCUUCGCCUCGUGCUUAAAGACAAAAGCAUUUCUUACUCGGAAUUGUGAAACUAGGAAUCAUGAAGAUUGCCAACUGUGUCUUUAAGGUGCAGAAAAUGGGUAGCAAGAACAUUCCCUCAACUCUAUAAUUAGUUGCUCAUUUGCAUUAUUAUCUAUUUUUUUAAUUUCUUAUCUUUAUCCCUAGGUGCUUAAUUUUAUUAAGCCCACGUAGCGAAAUGAAGAAAAGAUUGUUUUUUUCCGAGCAGAACAAUUGGAAAAACGGUUCACCGAUAGAGGAAAAUCGCCGUUGCUAGCGGACAGAGUACGGCGCAGUAUUAGAAAAUUCAACCUUGGUAAGUGA